GUGUGCGGCGAGUGUUCCGACAGUUUGCGCGAGCUCUUCAGCGGUCGGGGGAAAAUAAUAAUACACGAGCGCGCUCGUGACGGUUGUGUGUGUGUUUGCCCGUCGUGCCGCCGUCGUCCUCGCGCGCCGCAGCAGUCGCAACAACAGAUAUUUUCAAACAUUAUUGUUAGCGAGUGCCCGGUGUUUUUAAUUUUUUUUUUUUUUUUCAUUUUUAUUUUUCACGAUCAGAACGAUCACGCGCAAUACCAAUUCUGUAACGACAACAUUAACACUAUAACACUGUAAUAUAUUACGCACACCGUCCGCCGUCGUAUCCAAUACUCCGUAUAUUGUCACUGCCCGCAGACGCUCGACCAUCAUGCCGCUGUCUCUUAAAUCUAUAUGGAAAGGCAACUCGAAACACAAGAGUGAGUAUUAUAAUAAUCGAUAUGCGCGAAAUAGUCGAUAACUGUAUGUAUGCAUCACCUUCAUAAAUUAUUAGAGAGAAAAAAAAAAAAAAAAAAAAAACAAUAUAAAAAUAUUUUCUUUAGUCGACAAACAGAAAUCUAAAAAAAAAACUGUAUUUUAUGCGAUAAUACAAUUUCGAUAUAAAACGCACGCGGAGGGAUACGAAUUCCGAAAUAUUUUAUGAUGAUAACAUUAUUUAUUACAGAGCAUUCGUAUUCCAUGGUUAGUUUAUUCAAUAAAAAAAAAAAAAAAAAAAAAAUCUACCACGUAUACCAGUAAUAAUAAUAAAAGAAAAUAUUAUUAACGAUUUAUCCCGGUCGCCCGUCCGGAUACUAAUAUAAAUAUUUAUCAUUUACACUUAGAUAAGAUUAAAAAAUGUAUGUUUAGUUUAGGGUUCUUGUUUUUUGUGUUUUUUACGCAGACUAUAUUCCUGUCAUAUUACGAAAUGUGUGUGUGUGCGCGUAUAUUUUUUCCUCGAAAUCGUACGAUUUGAAAGGAAAAUAAUAAUUGUUUGCCGAUUACAAAACAAUAAUCGAUCGUACGUAAAAAAAAAAAAAACCACGGUCAGCAAAUAAUAGAUGUACGCACGAUUUUGCGGCGACUCGAAAUUCAAAGCCUGUCGGUAAUAGGAAAAAAAAAGUCGACGGCGAUUCGCGUCAUAAUAGUUGCGUCACAAAAACACACACGCAAAACACAUUAUUUCUCGAAACAUGUUUGAACGACGACAACAAUAAUACGACGGCACUCUGGGAAUUAACGAAAAAUAUCAAUUGUGUACACCGAAAAAGUGAUCCGAGCCGUGCUAUAGACCUAUAGACCCGGUCGCGCGACCCGGCAAUUCCCGGAAAGAAUUCCCGGAUUUGGACGACGAGAAUUCCAAAGCCGGAUCGCGGAAAAGGUCGUGUUUUUAUUCAUCACUAAAUCGAGCGUUUUUUUUUCCUCGCGACUCGGCCGAAUACGGAUAGUUUCAAUGCAAAACCGCCGAAUGAUAAACAACUGCGAAGUUGUCGUAUUUUAAAGCCCCCGAGCCGUCUUCCCCCCCCCCCCCCCCCCCCCCCCCCCCCCCCCNCCCCCCCUCCCCGCCCCAUCCGCCCCCGUGUACUUGAUAGCCGUUGCCCGUAUCCGCAUAGCGCCUAGCGUCCGUUUGCGGUCGCGCUGGUCGCGGCGCGCGUUCGGGCGCGUUUCGAUGUUUUUUUUUUUUUACCGUGACGCGGAAAUGCCGUAGAACACGUUCGCGCGCGUAAAACAAAACACAGCGAUAAUGACGACGGUCAUUUUCAUACCGGCCGACACUGCCCGACACCCCGUAUCGGUAUUGUUGGUGCGCUCACUCUCGCAGUCGUACCCUUGUCCCGUUCGGGGUCUCCCGCGGCUCGUCCGACCCGCGGGUUUAUCCGGACCGGUCGCGGUUUUUUUUUUUUAUCGAACGGGUUUUCGAUUCGAGUCGUAUUCGUAUACGUCACCCACUACCGCCGCCGAACAGUAUCGCCGUCGGUCAGGUUUUCGCGUACGAUUUACGCGUUUCCCGUGCAGCGCAUCCGAGUGUGUUAUCCGACGACAACAACGACGAUAGACGCGGCGUCGAUUCGCGGCCCCGAAAGACGUCGGAAAUAUUGACAGUCGCGCAUUGACCCCCGUGUCGACCGUUGUAACGACGGCGCGCGCGACGCGGCGUCGUUGAUUCUCUCGCGGGCGUUACGGUUUCGAACGCGACGGGCUGUUGAGCGGGCGCGGACGGGUAGCGGGUGCGUACGCGCGUACGCCUGCACCCUGUCCGCCCGCCCCGACGCGCAGUCGUACCGCGGGGCGCCCGCAACGACGGCCGAACGGAGAGGCGCGCGAACGAUUCGUGUGACGACUGCCGUUGUGCCGUCGGCUUUGUUGUGCGUAUAUUUUGACAGCGGCAAUUACAAAAAUGCACGCGCCUCGCGUACGUAUCCCGCGUGCGCGGCCGCGUCGACGCGAUAUUUUUCAUAAUAACACCUGACCGUUUUGCGUUAAAAACAUUUCGUUCGCCGUUCGGUGCCGAACCAUCAGCGUGCGCGCGCGGGAGGCGGUAGAGGCGGUUAGGUUUACGCGGCGCGAUUCUCCGCCAACGCGUUUUUUUAAAAAAAAAAAAUACAUUAAACCGUAACGCAGCACACUCGGUUUUGUGCGUUGGCGCAAACGGGAGAGCGACCUCUGAAGGAUUUCGACUCCCCCCGUAAACACAUAACCAAGUCCCCCGAAACAAAGUCCUCAUUAAGUAUAAUUACUAAGCAUACACGGUCAACGUAACGAAGCCUCGAUCCCCCUCCAAAACUAAGUGGUCUAUUUGUGCUUAUGAUUUCUGUGUAAAGUUUGAUUUCAAAGAUAGCUGCUACCCCGGCCGAGAGAACCUACGCGCGCCCACGAUAAUAGCGUUACACACUCGAAUGGCGAAUUUACAAUAGUCGUGAUAAUUUUGAUAGACAUUUUAAAAGUUAAUAAACCGAAAUACAAACAAAUUUAAAUCGUUAUUGAAUGUAACAGUAAACAUCGGGCAAUAAUUUUGCGACAGUUGCACGGACAAAAUCGUAGGACCCACUGUAAACAACUUACUGACCGCACGAAAUCGAAUUUUCUUUUCUGAGCUCAUUGAUGACUUCAUCUGAGCAAAUUUUAACGUUUCGAUGACACAAUAGAAGAACGCAGUAAAAAAAAAAAACGAAAUAACAUAACGACUGACGUUAUUUGUGUUAUGUAUAAUUUUUAAAACAAAUAUAUUUUGAUCGCGAUGCUCGAACGUCGGAUUCGAAAAAUACUAUUUACGAUUCAUUCUAUCUAUUAGAUAUAUUAUCGUUUUGUUAUCGACCGAAAGUUCAAAUUAUAAAGCAUGUUUUGGCGAACAUCUAAAUGUUUUACGGGUAACUGCAUUCUAUUGGUUAUUCUCGUUAUAACAAUGGUUCUCAGUAAUAACUUAUCACUUCUGGUUAUAUAAGUUAAUGAAACAUCAUAACCCAUCAAAAUCAAUGGUUAUUCAUAAAAUAAUGAUUAUAGAUAUUAUUGUUAUUAUUAUUUUUUUUAUAAGAGUAAAAUCGAGAUGAAGUCGUUUCCAAAUUUCGUUUUGACAUCAGACAAAACUAUAUUUUCGUAAUUUCUUCUUCGUUUUUUUUUUUUUAAAGAAACCUUCUAUGUUAAUAUAUUGUCAUCGUUUUUGUGAAUUGAUAACUGUUAACCGAAAUCGAAUUGGUAAACAUGUCUAACAACAAGGCGAGUAAUCGCGAGUUUAGCGAGUAAUCGCUAAACACGCCUUUGUUGUAAGUAAACCCAAUUGAUAAGAAGUUGAUAACAUUACCUGUAUUUAGAUUACCAAACAAUUGAACAAUUUCAACAACGAUAUCGUUAAAAACAAACUAUUCUAUACAAUAUACCGAAAACAAUUGAAGAGAAACCGCGAUUCUCGCGUCACUGUAAUACAAAACGAAAUAAAAAAAAAAAAAAAAAAACAAAGGUAAUACGAGGAAAUAAAAAAUUGAUCCGUUUUUAAAAUGUACAGACCUACGUACUAUUACUGGUAAGCACAUAUCUAUUCUGCGAACACGAAUCUAUUUAGGUUGCAAUUGUUUUGUUUAGUAACAAGACAUAUGUACAAAAAAAAAAAAAAAACAAACCUACAAUACGUUGAAUUAGAUAAUUUUUUAAUAAGCGCAAUUUAAUAUGGCGAAGUAGUGAAGAUAUAAAAUUGCAAUUAAUUACUGUUGCAAUGCGUAAUACCUAUACAACAUUAAUAGCCGUCGUCACAGUCCGUGAUGUUCGGAAGAGAAAUUAUUACGAAUGUCACAAAGACGUGUCACGGUUGAAUAGUUAUUUGUACACGUUUUUUAUUUAACCGUAGACAGCAUCACAGGGAUGAUCUUUUUUCACCGCGAGAAAACAUUUGUUUCAAAACCGUUCAAAUUGAAAAGUCGAAAAAUAAAAAGACGAUUACUCACAGUAUCAUAUUCGAUCGUUAUGGACUGUUGAAUAUUACCCGUAGACGUACAUUGGGAGCGGCUCAACAAAUUCAGCCUCCCCCCUCCCCGAAAUCAUUCAGGGCAACCCUAAAAAUUAUGUUUCGUAUAAUAAGCGAAAUCGAAAAUAUGCUUUAAAGUUUAAACAACUUUGUGCUGACAGUUUUAAUAUUAGAACGAACCGAUCUAUUACCACGGAGGUUUUUUUUUCGAUAUUUCAAUUUUUGUGCGAGAUAUGGGAAUGACAACAGUUUAAAAAUGCAUGCAUCUCGUUUGAAAACUGAAACACUUACGUGAUUGCGCGGAUAACGUUCUUACUUUUAAGUUGCAUGGGUAAGCCAACUCGCUCCAAUACGAAAACUUACAGCACGAUGUUGUCCCUGCUGAACGUAAAUAUUUUACUAUGCCGUACGUUUGUAAGAAGACUGUAUAUUAUGCGGGUACCAUCUAAAUUUAAUACCUCUGUUUGAGCUAGGUAUCCUCGGUAUACCCCAACGUAUCAAAUCUUCACCUAUGGACGUUGCUAUUGUACGUUUAUAGUGAAGACGUUAUUUUAGGACCUCGCGUCACGGUGUCUUGUCGGGGGGGAUCUGGCCGGCCACGAGUGUUUUACAAUGAAUCCGUGGUUAGCUCGAAAUAGGCCCUGGAAAAGUUUACGUCAUUUGAUAUCAUUCUGCAAAAGUCGAAUAAAUAAUAACAACCUCGGUUAUUUAACGAAACAGUACGGCGUUGUUAUAAAUGACUGGUACCUAACUUUAAUACAUAGGUACAUUGUUAUUAUGCUACGCGAACGGUAAUAAAAACGAACUAUGUAUAGCGGUUAAAACUAUUUAUUUGAAUAGGUCGGUACAUUAUAAUAGCCGUCGUGUCAAAAUGCCAUUAUAUUUUCGAAAUCGUCACUAUUCGAAAAUAUAAAACGGCGCCUUUGCGACGAUUUUGUCUGAUCAAUAUAUAUUGUUGUUACCUACUAGGUAUGUAAUUUUUAGAGUUUUUUUUUUCAUUAUUCCAAACUCAUUUCCAUUGUAGAUACGCGAUAAUGUAUUGUUUUCUGGGUCGUUGUAGACGAAUCGAGUAUACCAAAUUACAAUAUUAUUAUGCACUUAAACGAUUUAAAUUCGAUUCAAAAAAAUACUUGAAACUCGGACGUCUUUUACAGCGUUCACCAUAGAUUAUUUUAAUACGAACAAAUUACAGCGUUUACCGUUUAUACCGCACUUAACUGCGCGGGGGAAGUGUUUUUUUUUUUUUUUAUAACUUAAAAACCAAAUCUUGGCCGCAACAACUAUAAAAUAUACAUUUUGUUUCCCGCGAGAAUACCGCGGGAAAAAUAUCGUUGCGUUUUUAUGACGGGGCACCGUGUAAAGUUUGGGAACCACCGGCUCAUUAAAUAUAAUAAUAAUGCUCGUAUCAUAUUUUUUUCAAUAGUUUCGUCAACGACACAUUGCUGGUUUAUGUAACAUUAUGUAAAUUCGCCAAGUAUAAAGUUUUCUAAACGAUACGACCGGAGAUAAAAUAUUGUAAACAAGGUUUUCUCCAUUGCGCCUGCACGCUGCAGGUAUUUCCUGUUUUACGUCCAUUAAAAUUAAUAUCGAUCCCGGCCGCUUUUCAUUUGACUUUAGAUUCUCGUCCGUGAACCACUGCGAACAAUUAUAAUUUAAUAUUAUUAUUCCGAAAAAAAAAAAAAAAGAAUUUUAUAUUCGUCGUACUACGUGUACUAGGUACUUAUUGGUAAUAUUAUUCAUAUAAUGACGGAGAGAAACGGGAGGAGCGUUAAAUUGAAUUUAUUUCGAUAAGGAUUUUAUAAACGGUAAAAAAACAAGGUGGGAAUUCAAUCGAUUCGGGCGAAUCUCGAUGAGAACCUGGAUUAGUAGGUUCUUAUAGUAAGUAACCGAUAUUAAGAUUUCGAUUCAAUAGUUUAAUUGUUAUAAAAAAAAAAAAAACACACACACACAAACACGCAAACAACGCGUAUACAGCGCGUACGUAAAUAUAUUAUUCCUGAUUUUUAAAUAUUAUUAAAAACUAUAAAAUUACAAACGCUAUAAACAGUUUAAAAAAUCGUCAGAAAUUUAUCGAAAACUUGACUGCGUCUAGAACAGAUAAAUGUAAGUGUUCCGUGAACAUUUAAUGUCCUUCGAUUGUUUUUAGCCAAAUACCGACAAAAAGAGAGGGGGAAAUAAAAAAAAUCGAAAAUAAUAAAACCGUUAGCACCGUGAACUUUGCCGUUUUUCCCGCGACUUGUCGCCCGGGGUGUUCCCGAUUGGCGUGAAAACCGCAGAGAAAAUCGAAAAAUAUGAACACCCCGACGUGUACCGGUCAGAUGUGCGAUUUGCUUUCGGAAAACGCGGCGCUCCGGAGAGUGUCGCGGAGCGAACAUCGCCGACGGCAGAAAACACACAAGCAGUCAACGGACGGGAGGAAAAAAACACGAAAUGCGCACGUCAUGGCGAAACCGAAAUAACCCUACGCGGUUAGCGGGUUGGUACACGACAAUAACGGUGUCGACCGCGUCGGUAAUCAACUGACGGGCGCGGGGUUUUUUUUUUCGCCAUCCGAAAUUUCGGACGUACGAUUUUUGUUAUUUGCGUUCGCGUCGCCGUUCGAGAACAUCGGCGGUGCCCCGAGAACAGUUGUUGCGAACGGACUUCGAACGACAUUUUCUUACGCGUCUCACGUCGCCCGUACUGCGUGCGCGUGUAAACGCGGCUCCCGGAUCAUCAUCCGCACAGUUGUUUUUGUCGAACGCUACGGCUCGCGGAGUUUCUUUAUUUUUUUUUUUUUUUUUAUCCAUAACAUUUUUUUUUUUCAAAAUGCAUUUAUUUAAAUCGUUGUAUUAUAUCGUAAUAAUCCGACUAUAAUAUUAUCAUAUACGUAUACACACACAUACAUAUAUAUACACACUACAGCAGUGUAUAUUAUACACCGAUAAUAAAAAUAAUGUAUAUAGCGUUUACAGCGAAGAGGUGAAUAAACGCGUUUCCAAUACAAUAAUAUACAAUGCGAUUCGUACAGAAAAAAAAAAAAAAAAAAAAAAAAAAAAUUUUAAAAAAAUUUNUUUUAGAAAAUUUUAAUUUUUUUUUGUUUUUUUUUUUUUUUUUUUUUUUUGUUCGUUUCACACACUCGUUAAAAGUAAACGAAUACGCAUUACACAAUAUACGUAGUUAAUUAACACCACGCGACCGCGUUUUCACGAGUGGCGACUUCAUAUUUCAGCUGGAAGACCUUGGAUUGAAAUGAGAUCUUCGGGAAUUAACACGGGGGACUUCCGUAGGGGGGAAUAUUUCCAGGCAGAUUUCGGAUUUACAACACUCCCUGUACGCGCACGCGCAGUGCAACUUAUUAACGUCGUUAUUUUCUUUUUAAUGGAAACGGCGAUUAUUUUUUUUUUCUCGUUCUACAUUUUCGGGCAGUUAUUUUUUUUUAAAAACAUCGUAAAAGUUUUCGCUAAUUACGUAAUUGGCAACGUUACGAUACGUCGCGGAAUUCAAUACGCGCGCAGUGCAAACGACCGACCAAUAAUAUCUGUGGUGCAGCUCGGUUACAAAACGAUUGUUGUUGAAAUUACGAUACGAACGAGCCGUUUCUUUGUAAACGUCGGAUUCCCGGCACAACGUUGUCGAUUUCGUAAUCACAAAGAUAUUUUGUCCGUCCUGGUAUCUGAGAAUCUAAAGCCGGAACGGACCGGGGGGGUGGGGGGGUGGGACCGCCGUGCAAACGAAACGGUACCGCGCACGACGAGCGCGCCGAAAGGGUCCACGGCUCUACACGGGGCGCGGACGUCCGAGAUCCGUCCGAAAACCACCCGGAAACCGCGCGGUAGUCUCCCGCGUCGUCCGCGUGAAAUAUCACGCGGCCGCGCCGUACCCCGACCGCGAACGCGCGACGACCAAUACAAAUCCGUCGUCGUCGUCCGAUUGUGAUUUUUUCCGCCGUCCGCCCGUCGUCGAACGCGCGCACCUUCGUGUACCCGCGACGAGUUUAAUUGGACCGCGGGUGGGCGGGCCAUCGUGAGAACAGCACGGUUACGAUAUCGCGACGUUCGUUUUCUCCGUCCCGAACCGUGCCCGGGCACGUUUUGUAGUAUCGCUCGUACGUCGUACAAUAGAAAUCGAUCGAAUCAUUUGUUAAUAAGGGGUUUUUUUUUUGUCACGUGAAAUCGAACGCGUCGUUACAUCAAACGUCUCGUUAUCAAUCCGUUCGCGAACGCAUUUUACAACGGCGAGAAACGUUUAAAAAACGACGAUAGCGAGAAAGUUCAAAUUGGAAAAAAAAUUAAAUUACGCGCGCGCGCGCGCAAACGUUGUCGCACAAUGGUAAACGGCGUACAUUUUCUAACAAUAAUAAUAAUACACCUAACGUUCUCGGUAUCGGACAAUCGAAUAUCAUCGUACUUCCGUUGUCCGUUAAUUGCGAAACAAAUAUUGUACGUAUUAAAACGAUCGCGUAUUGUUUUUUUUUUUUUUUUUUACGUCGCGUCGUACGCGCCGAUCGAUUUUAUUGUGUUUAUAACAAAUAGCGGGCGAUUAUUGUCACGGACCGGCGUUAAGGUACGCGCGAUUAAAUCGUUUACGGGAUGGUAGUUUUUCGGCCACACGCGGAACACGCCGCACGCAAUUGCAAAAUAAUAAUAAAAAUAUUUUAUCUGGCGCGUCACUAACAGCGCACAAACACGUACGGGAAUGCCGACAACGAACGAUUCGCAAACCUGCCCGUUGAGCGCGGCUCGUGUCGGGGAGUUAAACAGCAUUGAGUCGCGACGUAUCUAAACGGAUUAAAUCGAUUACAUUGAACACGCGCACACGAGUAAAAUCUGUAUUAUUCACGAAUGACCUCAACGAAUUUACGUUAAUAUUUAGAAUGCUACACAGUUCGACUGCGACGGAAAAAUAGCUACAAAAUGUUUUUUUUUUUUGAAAAUGAUUGUUACACAGUUACACCAUUUUGUUAUUCCGUGUGCGUGCGCCAGCGGCUUUCGGUGUUCAAGUAUAGCGAACCUCCUGCGGCAUUUUGCGACGCACACUCGAAUCGGGAAUACGUUUCGCCUACACGUUUUGAUACGAUGCGUUUAUAAUACGCGAAGUUCGUGUUAUUAUGAUAACAUCAACGUUUGUAUCGUUGCAAUAACACUAUAACGCCGGACGUACAUAGGCACCCGUAAUACCGUUCGCGAGUUGGGUAUUUAAAGGUUUUAGAUCAGAGGAAGGCAGAGCGAACGGUAACGAAAUGAUUUCGUGUCUGUUUUCCGACGAUAACCCCGACGGUGUUUUAUAAAACGAAAAAAAAAAAAAUCAAUUUUACCCGAAAUCUUCGCGGGUCGUCAACCGGAUCGCGAUAAAAAAAAUAUCCAACGAUGCUCUCUCCCCAACCCAAAGGUGGUAUGUCCCGUCAACGGGCCGACGAAAAUCGAAAAUUUCAAAUUGUAGGAUGUAUUCGACUGAUAUCCCGUAACUUUAUCGAAUUUACGUUAAAGUGCCUAUAGGUUAUGAUAUAAAGGCGAGAAAAAUCACAACUCGUAAUACAAUUGUAGCGGCGCGUGUACCGGUCUAAAGCUUUGACAAUUUUUUUUUUUUUUUUUUUCCCCCCGUUCGAGUCAAUACCUUUUGAAACUGCGAAUGUUGUAAAACGAUCGCUCCGUACGCGCGUACAGUAAUUAUUAUCGAUUAAUACGACGUGAAUUAAUUUCGAGUUUAAAUUCGAGGAAUAAUUAUCGUCGGUUUAAUGACGAUAAUAAUAAGCCGGAUAAAUUGCAUAUUGUUCGUUCUCACAACGCGCAUCAAUCUCUGCGUAUAUCCGACCGCGGACACGCGAUUAUCGAUCGUGUAUAACACGACUCUAACGAAUCCCGUUCGUCCGAUGUUAAAUUUUAUCCGCGUGUCAACAUUACGUUAUCGUUUCCGUCGGAAUUCCAACGAGACCGUUUUCCGUCUUCGAUCGGUUUUCGCUCGCGGUCGAAAUCCCGAAAAUCGACAUUGCGGACGGUCAAAACGCAUCGUCAUAAAAAACACACACACACGAUAUCGUCGCGCGUUAUCCGAGUUCAAACCGAUUCGCAGCGUCGAGCGCGCAAUUGAAAUUUCCUUUGCCGCGCGCCCGCGGCGUGCUAUGUUUUUAUCGUUGUUAUUAUUCUCGUCCGCAACGCCGUCCGUACGGGACUCGACGCAGCGGCAAACGUUCACGCGCCUCGCCCCCGCGAUUCAAUCCCGCGAAAUCCUCGCAAACUGCACGGGCCCUUUUGUCCGCGACCGCCGUUCGUUUCGCGUCGUUCUCGGUCCGCUCUUACUCCCGGCACGCCCUGCCGCCCGUCGCCGACGUUCCCGUUCGAUUCCGAGUUAAACGCUAUUACGCAGCGCAUAUACGGCGCGGGGGGGCUUUAGUUUCCCCGCGCCCCCGGUACCGCGGCGGCGGUACUUUGCAAAACGUCAAUUUACCCGAGAAACUUUUUCAAUUCGUUUUUUUACGCGCGCCGCCGUCGUCGGAAAUGAUAAUUCGCGUUACGUAACGCGAUAUCUGUCGAGAAAAACGACGCGGUUUUUCGAUACGCGCGAAACCCGUUAAACAACAGACAAUACGCGACUGUACGGAUAACCGCGUUACGCGCGUCUACGUGUUUCAACGUCGCGCCAAUAUAACAUUGCGAAAGGCCGUGCCCCCCCCCCACCCCCCAUACGCGUUUGUCGUUGGAAUACGAUAUUCUGGUUCGGCGGCGUUCGGUGUGAAACGUGGGAAUUAAAAAAUAAAAUUUAAAAAAAAAAAAAACAAAAACCGUAUCGUCGAUUAUGCGAACCGCGCCGUACGGCGUAAUACCGUGUUCCGCGGCACGCAGCAAUUAUUAAUCGAGAUAUCGGUUCGUAUCGCGACGAUACGCGUCUCCAAUAGGGUUCGAAAACACACGGUAUUUCGACGGUCGGAUCCCGAGAGACCCGCGAACCCUCGCGGACGGUUAGGUUGUUCGCCGGCGGAUACCGGGCGAGCAACAACCGCGGUCCGCGGGUAAUUUUUCCCGGCGCGCGCGACCCGACGGCGGGAGUUUCCGAGACGCCCGGAUCCGAAAAAGCGAAUUUCCGUUCGCUGUGAACCGAGCGUGUUCCGCGUUAUGGGCUCGACUGAAAUACCGCACGGGAUCGGGACGGUGCCCGCAGAAGAAACAGCCGUGGCGUUAUCGCGCCGGUGUACAGGACGGGUACACAGCCGGGCGCCAACACCCCCACCGUCCGCCUCGCACGCCGCCGACGUUCGGUGUUUGUUUGUCUGUCGCGGAGGUCAGAAAACCACGCCGCGUGUUCUGGUGAACCGCUGUUCGCGCGUUCGCGCACGGCGACUGCGCGCUUUGACCGCGUCCCCGCGAUUCGCGCCCGACAGGAGGACGUUCUCCGACAGCGUCACGCGCGUCACGACGGCCGGGCCCCGCGCCUCGUCAGACGUUCCAAUGCCGUUCGCAGAACCCGUUCGGCCGGCGACGUUUGAAAGCCCGGUUUUUCCACUUUCCGUUCCGGGUCUUCGUAAACAUAUUUCCGGUUUUGCCGCGACGCCGCGUGCCGUUCCGCGAACAGCUUUUCUGCCGGAAAUCUCGCUGCUCCGGUCGUCGACAUUCGGCAAGGUCGGUUUCCGGUGGCGAAUUUCGUCUUGAUUUUCACCGCGCGGUUUUUAUUUUUUCCGAGGAUAGGAAAAAAAAAAAGUCGGGAAAACGGAGAAACGUACGCAAUUAACGGCUUUUGUUUUGUACAAUUGCCGUUGUUCAGUUGAAAACCCUUAAAGUUGCGAACCCCGUAACUUCAGUACGCAGCCACGCGAGUUUGACGUUCGCCAUAAAACCGCGUAACGAAAUAUUCUACUACGCCAGAUUGUUUUUGCGCUCGGUGCUCUUGGUUUUUGGUUUGGAUUGCCUAACGCUGUUUCGCUUUAAUUUCCGGCAUUUAUUCCCGUUACACGUCGCAACAACAAUCCGCGGCGCGGUCCGAUCGGCUAUCGCAUUUGAAAUUAAUUUAAAACCGUUAUUAUUUCGCUUUUGCGCGAAAGAAUUAUUUAAACAAUGCGAAAUAUUAUAUACGUUAAUUUUUAAUACCGGUCUAAAACCUUUAGAAAAACCGGCGGGGACGUUGGCUCGCCGGGCGCUCGAACCGGCCAGAAUCCGUCGCUGCGAAUGCGAUUACGACGCCGACCCGGACGAACGCGGUUCCGAAUAGAAUAAAAUAAUUAAUGGUUUUUUUUUUUUUUCGAUCGAUUUCGAACGAGCGAACUGUGUCCGGACAACGAGCACGCCGAUAAAAACCCGCCGACCGCGAAUAACUAACGGGCAGCAAAACGUUCUGUCGCGUUGUUACAGGGCGAACGUCACGUUCGCUCGGUACACGGGCACAUUCGCACGGUUUUGGCGGGGGGAAAACGGAAACGGUUCACGUCAACCCCUGUACGAGUAUACACGUAUCUGUUUAAUCGUGUACGCGCGCCUAAACGUUUUAACCUUUUUUUAUUUUCUCUCCGAUAUUAUUAUCCUACCGGAAUAUAUUCCGAAACCGUCGGCUAUAAAUGCAAUAUAGUUAAUAUAGUGUACUCAGGAAAAGCCGCGGAAUCACGUCCGAAAAAAUAUAUUACUCCGAACGCGCGUGUUUGUUCAACGGUUUCGGCUAUGUGCGCGCGCGCGUGUGUACUUUUAUACGAUCUCACACGUGUACAUUGUCUAAACAGUCUUCUUCUUUUCUUUUCUUUUUUUUUUUCUUACGCCGACGCUUUUAUCGAACCAGCACGGCCCGCGGCGAACAAUAACAUUCACCGUUUCGUCGACUUUGCCGAAGAAAACGAUCGAUAAUUUUUUGUCGGACGCGUACGCUCCGCGCGUUAGAAAAUCGACCGCGCGCACGACGACGAGCCCGGUCCCGGGCUCACGGUCGACCGUCUUCGAUUUUGUAAAAUUUGAAAAUUGUUCUUUUUUUUUUUUUUACGCACCGACGACUACCUGUUAAAGACGAGGCUCCCACUGCGAUACUCACUGUCCGAUACUCAUUUAGAGGCGAGCGGUACGGUCGUUUUUACGGACGAAAAUGAUUUCGCCGGAAUCGGGACAACUCGUCAAUGUUAUUUAUUUUAUUAUUAUUUUUUUUUUUUUUAUGGAAAUCAAUAAACAACAUUAUAGAGAUUCGGAUUUUUCAUCGUAUUAUUAAGUAUGACUUCAAUAUACGGUCUAUUUGAAGUGUUCCUCUUUCCGACAAAUAUAUAUGAUAAUCGAAAUCCUAUCACUCCUACGAGGCGCGUGAAUUGUUCACGUAAGACACGUCUUUGAGCCAAAACACGAGUUGGCACCGGGCCCCUUAAAAUGGGAUUUUCGAAAGGUAUAGUUUUUAUUAUUAUUAUUAUUUGCUGCAGUUUAAGGUACCCGUGGAAAUUGCGUAAAAAAUUAUAUGUAUAAAAAAAAAAAACCGAUAGUAAUUAAAACGUCGGACACUGAAAUAUAAUAAUGACUUGCGUUUAUACUCUCACCCAGAAUAUUAUCAUUAGCUUUCUCGAAUUAUGCACACCAAUCUACGGUUAUUUUUUUUUUUCAGUUUUUUACUAUUUAAUUUAUUUUCUCUAUUUAUCAGAUUUGUUGUUGGUCGGAGAAAACGAUUUAUUUCAAAUAUAUAGUAAUUCGAGUAGUAUUUUCAAUGCACGUGCAGUAUACAGACAAUAAAUUAAAUCUAAUUAAUCGAUUUCGAUACGGACUACCACUAAAAAAAAAAAAAAGAAAAAAAACUCAAAGAAAAAAAAAAAAAUAAUUUGCAUUAUAGUCCAUUGAAAAACGACCGUAUUAAAUUCGCAUAUAGAAAAGAAACCGCGUUUUCUUAGGGGGGGGGAGGGGAAUCGGCAAGCAAUAAAUGCGCAACAUUAAUAUCGAUUUAUGAUAUUUAACCGAUAUUAAUGAGUUGUUUUUUUUUUUUUUUUGUACAUACGAACGUUAAAUUUUCGGACUACUAACCGUACACCGUAUAUUGGCCGCGGUCGUGUGGCCGGGGUUACACGAAAAAAACCGCUGGAAGACGAUAACGUACGUAUCGGUGACGGUGUUUCUCGCGUUUUAUACGGACGAAAGGGUCGGGUUCCGUUUCGUAUCGCCGUCGUCGGCCGGUCAUCGACGGACGGUAAUCGAUUAGUAACAAAAAUCAAAAAAAAAAACCACGUGAUUAUAAGCCGCAAGGUUCCCCCCCCGACGCCGGUUCGCCGGAUUUUCAGCGAGCGCGACGCGGCGACGCGUUCGCGCGUCCGAACGCACGGCGGUGUCGGCAAUACCGCGGUGCUGGCGGGCCUCGCCGUCGGCAAUCGCGAACGCGUAACACGCGGACCGGGAGCGCCCCGGGUUUUCCCGCGACGUUCCGCGGGACGGCCGUACGCGCCGGCGUCCUUGUACGGUGUAUUUUCGGCAUACACGCCGUUGCGUCCGACGCGAUAACGCGAUUUCUGGCGAUUACAACGAGAGGCCGGACGUCGACGCGCGCGCGCGCGUGCGUAUCGGUUUUCCCUAGCCAGCAGUGAACGUCAAGCACUGCGGGGCGCUACGCGUGUCGUAUCGUCCGGAUACGCGCGACAUUCACGACGCGAUCUAUUUUCAGUAUUCCGAAUUUAUUGUACUCGAAAAGCGUAUUUCCGGUGUACCGCACGAGUGUGCGUGUGCCCGUCGCGGUGUGAUUGCGGCGUGCCCCGCAAUGUUCAACGCGGAGCCGUUUGAAAAGACGUUCGAACGCUUUGUGAAACCGAAUGUAUUUGCACACCGGUCGGCAAACUUUAAACACUAAUGGUUUCCACAACGGUUUCGUUCUACGGCUGAAAUUCGACAACGAAAAAGAAAUCAAAAGAGCGCGUUUUAUUUUAUACGUUUUACGCGAUUUCCCCCUCCCCCCUCGCCUUCCCCCCCCAUAGAUAUUAAGUGUUUUCUCGAGAAACUUCAACGCACGCGGCCUCCAGCCGGAUUUAGCGAAUCGCACAGGAUCGUGCCCGACCGGCCGACGGUUAUGCCCAUCGAAACAUUCCCAAUGUCAUUGCGCUCGGGCGACGCAACGUCAGUGCAGGCAGAUAAGUAGAACUGCGCGAUUAAACCGGGCUGUAACAGUUAUUAUGUACAAUCGUACGGUGUUUUAUCGCUCAUAAUUAUACAUACCUACGAUAAUUGCCGCGUAAUUAAUACUUAUUGUGCGCAACGAAAAUGACCGCGGUUACGGUACCUCGUAAACGGACGACUUUGAUCUUGAAACUGCUAUUCCAAAUCGUCACGGUUCGUUUAACGAGUUCGGCGAAAAUCAUCGCGAAAACCGAACCGAAAAGUUAUACGCGCGUUUUCUUUUUCGCCCGCAACAAUAAAACCGUACAACGCUUUCGAUUCAACACGCAAUAAAAUAACUAUACAUAUAUAUAUAUGUAUAAAAAAAAAAAAAAUCGCGGAAACACGAGUUAACUUCGUUCGUACGACCCGCCGCGACUCGCAUGACCGGCGGCGUAAGUCACUGGCAGGUCACUGGACAGUAGUGACUGGAAUCUCAGCUCACCGGCACUCGGUCGUUUAUAGUGUUUACACGAUAAUGCCAUUGAUAGUCCGACUUGAACAUCCGAUAUCAACGGAACAAUCGAACGGUCUCGUCGAUUGUGCGCAAUGACAAGGGAGCUUUAUUUUUGGGCAAAAUUCAUGUUUCAAUAAUUUCUAAUAGAGAAAAUGAUAUUUUCGUAUUUUCAGAGAAAUUAGAUCGACCGUUAGCAGUGGCGUACGUAGCCCUUUCUCGCGGGAGAGGGGAGGUCUAAGGGCGAAAUAUAUUUUCGACAACUGUUAAGAGAAAAAAAUCAUUAAAAAAGUAACGUUACAGUUACAUAAUAAUGUUAUAAAUAGACACGGGAAUCGGGAUCUUUUACAAUCGUAAAAUAUGACAUUUGAAUACAUAAAAUAAGACAAUUUUAUGUAAUGACAUAUAUUGUAAAUGUAUAAAGUUUAACUUCUGAUUUUUCAUAAAAGAGAAUCUUUCAAUGAUUUCAUUCACUAGAGAUUGGAGUACGGAUUUUUUGAUAAAUACGCAAUAGUGCAAGCCCGAAUAAGCGAUCCUGGUACAUUUAUUUUGUAACUAGAAAUAAAUGAUGACGGUUUAACCUCCAAAACGAAAUGAUAACACCAGAAACCUGGAUCCGGUUUAACUAUAGAUAGCAAAAAUAUUUUAAUAUCUAUGGAUAUUGACCAUGUUAUCAUAUUAUUAACUACUUCGUGAUAAAAUAAAUUUCAACAUAAUUGUAAAAACAUUAAAAACAAAUAACAAUGCACACGCAUAGUUAUACGGCCCACGGGGGGUUCGCUAAUUUUCCCAUUCGCCUGCUCGCAGGUACGCCAGGUACCGCGAAGGCGCGGCGGUAUAGAUAUAAACAGUGAUAGUACUGUAGUCGAUCGUAUACACACUUUUUGGUUUUUUGACAAUGCGUAUACUCAAAACUCUUUUACUUGAAACGCCGGUAUACUUAGUUUACCGGUAUACCAACAUCUUGUUUAUCAUUAAUUAUUAUCAAAUAUUGUGUAUCGAUGCAAUGCAUAUUAUCACUUAUCACAACGAUUUAUAAAAGCGAACAGUGACUUUUUUGUUAUCCUGGUCUAAUGCAUUGACAUAAUAUAAAUGGACUUUUGAAUCUUCCUAUUUUUCCGGUGUUACAGAAAUAAUUGAGCUAUAUUAACUGUAGUGUUUACCAUAAUUUCGUACAAAUUAAUCUCAAAAAAAAAGUGUCAAUUGUUAAAAUUUUCAAUUUAGGAUCGGUACGAUUUUUAUACAGAUGAAUUGAUGGCUCUGAAGGAUAAUUAAUGCUAGUGACCUGCACAACGUGAUUUAUCCAUUUUCUCUUUUGCUUCGUGUCUAAACCCGUCAUGGUUUUAAUCGACUAAGCUUUUUAAUACUGAAAUAAAUCGCGGCAUCAGAACAAAUAUAUCUGAUUUACCGACUCCGUUAACCGAGAGCUUCUACAGUGACUCGUCGUGAAACGUGUCUGUAGUUCGGUGACAUGCAAUGACAGUCGAGAGACCGUGACCUCGACUAGAACGCCGACUGAUAACGCGAAAACCGGGCUCAACAAUAAUAUUUUUGCUAUUCAUAAUAAUUUUAUAUUUCAAAUCCAUCGGUUUACGAUAAAUUGCGUACGAAAAAUAUCAUAUUAUUAUUAUUGAUGUUCAAUUCGAAUUUCAUGCGAACAUUGUCAUAAUCCAACCGUAAUGACUGUUGAAAUUAUUAUCUCGUUCGUUAUAUUGUAAUAUUUACGAGCAAUAUUUUUUUUCGCCAACAGUCAUUUCUAUUUUAGUUUUAAUAAUGAUAAUUUUAUUUCCAAACGGAAAUUUAUCUGAAUUGCGCGUAUUUAUGAUGUGAAUAAUAAUAAUGUUGAAAUAUUACUAUAUUUUUUGCUACACAAAUACGUAGUAUUAUUAUUGUCAUCAAGUUUUCUAAAAACAAAAGCGCAAAACUUCCUCAGUGGUGUAUGUAAGUUCGGUUUCAAAAAUAAAUCCAAUAUUUUUGGAUUAAAUUCAAAUAGUUGGUUUUUGGCAUAAAUAUCGUUAAAUAUUUUCUUUAAACAUUAUAAUAUAGGUUUUGACGAUAAACCAUUUCUGUAUAAUAGAGUUAUUUAAACUCAUUGGUACAAUUUAAAAAGGAGAAUAUUUCCGAGGGCAGUUUACGCAAAAAUAUUGCGGUAAACAUUAUACACACACCUAAAAAGCUGUUAGUACAACUGUUUUCAAAAAGGGAAAAUCACCUCUUGUUGUUUCGGUCAAUUAUUUUUUUUUUUUUGAAAAAAAAUCAACGCGGCGUCUUCGAAAAUAUUCUCAUUUUUCUUACCGGCGGCAAUCAAACGCCGAAUUCCUACGAAACGCCACAGUUCCAAUUUCAGGUUAGGCGCGUGUAUUGAUUAUUCGUUGAAUCGCACUCGUUAAUCGCACCGAAGCGGUAAAUUACGACGUGCUGGGUAUCAUCACGUACUCUGCCGAUUUAAUAUUCGUUGAAAUUCUAUUACGCGCCUUGCGACGUAGCGCAGGAGUGAGUAUUUUCCUUGUCGCCAAAGAAAGAGAAUGCGCUUCCGUGUUUAUCGUUUGAUUUAUAAUUAGUCUCGCGGAAUACUCGCGGAAGACUCCGAGUAGGUAUACAGACGUGAUGAAGUGGCAGUCGUUACUCGCUGCGUGUUAAACAUUUUUUGAAGAGCCGACGUGAUAUUAUAUUCAAGUAUACAUAUAUAUAUAUAUACGUGUACUAUAUAAGUAUUGUUAAAGUUCUCGCGGUGGUUUUGUCAGUCAGUUGGUUUUUUUUUUUUUUUUUUAGAUUCUGAGCGAACAAUGUAUUGGAUUUACUACGAUGUGCGCUGUUCGUUAGAAUCUGAUAAAAGGGACGAAUUUAUCGAUUUUAUUAUGAUAUGUUUUUGUUUUUUUUUUCUUUUUGUGUCCCUGAACUUUACCGUCUUGUCUAUGUUUUUUCCCGAUUUCCCCGGAUUAUAAGGAAAUAACACGGAAAGUCCAAAAACAAUUCGAUUAAAGUAAACCUAAAAUGUUAUAUAAAAAAAAAAAGUCCUCUGGUCGUUUUAGACUGAAGCAAGAUUUCUGGUUGUUCACAAACUCAAAAGAUAAAAUAAUAAAAAGCACACAUCGUAGUAAAUACAUUUCUCGCCGCGCUCAGAAUCUAUAACACAAUGCAAUUAAUAAAUCUUUGCGAUAACAGCUCUAGCUGUAACUCUUAUCCGUACACUUUCAUUUGAAAUCUUCAUUUCUUUGAUAUCCAAAUCGUAAUCAAUUAAUGACUUUUGUUGUUUCACCUUUGUCUCUUGCAAAACUGAACAAUUUCAAUGCGCUUUUUACACGUCCAAUAAAUAUACUAAAAACGAACGUACAACAACGUUUGCCGAUCUUACAAGUGAAAUGAAAACUAUUUGUAAAUGUCUAUAAAAGGAAUAUGGUUUAUCAGCAGGUUUUUGUAACACGUGUAAAAACGGUAAUAUUAAAUUCAAAAUAGUUGAAUCACCGUGUAAUCACAAUCGCGUCAAACAGUAUACACGUGUUAAAAAAACGAUAAAAAAAAAAAAGAAGAUGACAUUUUUUUUCAGUUGAACUCAUCCGCAAUUAUUAUAAUGACAUAUCAUUGUUGUCGAGCACUUACCUGCAAUAGGUAUUGCGUUAAAGUUGUUUCGCUAUAAGGUCGAUCCUAAUCGAUAUAACUAUACAUUCUUUAUUUUUUUUUUUUUCAUAUAAAUUAAACAUAUAAUUAUACCGCAACCGUUACGUUGGGUACCUAUCUGUGUAUAUUCAAUUAUUUGCAUAUCACGAGAAAACUCGCUAGAAUAAAACGCGAACGCGCGUUUGUAUUAUAAUAUUUGCAUUUUAUUUUUUGUCGACUGUACAGCGUCCACGACGGAGACGUCGGAAUUAUUAUAAUAAAAUAAAUCCGGUUGGUUAUAUAACUGCACUUUUUUUAAAUUUUUUUCGUAUAUCGAAACAAACGUAGAUAUUUUCCAUCCGAACAGAGUUCAAAAUAAUAAACACUUUAAUAAUAUUUUAUUUAUAUAGAAUAUCUAAAUAAAGCAAAAAAAAAAAAAGUCUACGAGACAAAAUUCAUUUCGAAAUUCUGAUUACUUUUUUUUUUAAUUUUAUUUUAUUUUUUUACGUUAUUUUGGUAGGUAAAAUAUUUCAAUUUUUUCAGGCGGAAUAUCUCGGAAGAUGCGGAAUUUACACCUGAUGAGAAACAUUUUUAAAAAUUUUAGCAGUUCACUCUCUAGUUCGGAUUUACCUCUCGAAAAACACGAUUUUGAUUAGUAAAAAUGUUUUUCGCGUCGCAUGCACCGUAUAAAAUACGCGGACCGGCAGUACUUUAUUCGAACAUUUCUUCUGCAAAAUACAGACAGUUUUUCUAAAAGGAUGUGAAAAACAGACAGUAUCGUGCCUAUAUAUGGUUUUAUUUUUGUUGAUAUCUGGAUUACCUGUUAGAACGGAAAAAACACGGCUAUAAAAUUAAUAUAAUCUUGUCAAUUAACAAAGCUUCGCUCAGAGUAGAUUUUUAUUCGCAAUAAUUACGUUGAGUUCGGUAUAUAAACUGAAUCGCCUAUAUUAUUAUCAUUACUAUUAUUUAUUUGUUUUCUAUUUAUUUCUUUUAUAACGAACCAGUAUAGUCAUUGGCGUUAUCAUAUAUUUGUAAAAACAUUAUCACACGCGUAUUUCUUUUCUAGUUCGCGUACCUAUUACGUUUUCACCGAAUUAUGUCAAGUAUUACGACUAGCGCGCGAACAUCAAGACGAAUCAUAAUAAUUGUACAAACAAUUUUGUCAUGCUUAUUAAACGCGUUUUAUUAAUGUAUUAUAUUAUUCGAGUUCAUCAAAAUGUUGCAAUAUAUUGUACGGUUUACAAAAAAAAAAAAAAUAAAAAAGAAAAGAUUAUUAUUAUUAUUUUUUUUUUUGCUUGCUUACCGAGUGAUUUUAGUGAUGAUAUCACGCUUUGUACACACAUUAAACGCGCGCAUAAUAAUAGUUACCUACAUAUUUUACUCUAGACGAGUUUAUCGGGCGAAUUAUACAAAAUACAAUUGUUGUAACAAUGAGGUGACCGGAUUUUAUUCGGUGUCAUAUUGUCUUGACGAAAACACACGAUUCUGGACACGAUUGGUAACAAAAACAAAACAAAAAAAUAACAAAACCGUACAUACUUCGCACCGCGCCACUGAUUAUACCGUAGGUAGGGAUUUAUGAGGGUAAUAUAUAGGAUUAUUAAGAGUUUGGUUUGUAUACGCGGGAGGUACCGAUAAAUCACUGCGAUCGAAAAACGAUUCUGGGCGGAACUCGGUAAACUGCUAAACUUAUAGAAUUACAGGAUUUAAGUGUGACCCACAUAAUUAAAGUACCGUAAUUUUGUUGUCAGUAUUUGUUUAGAAAAACUAUUGAGAUUUUCGAAAAUGUGUACAAAUAGAGUGCUUGCCGUUAAUAGUGAAAAAUCAGCUUCUUUACGGUGUAAAUAAAAUGAGAGAAAAGGUGUUUCCCGAGAAUAGAAUUAAUAAAACGAAUAACGUUUUCGCUAUAUAGGUAUACAACUUCAAGUCUUACAUUCAUGGAGUUAUAUAUUAUAGUUUAUGAUAUCAACAAAUUAAGGAAAGGGAAGGAAAGAAAGACCUUGGGGAAAAGAUCUAGAGGACGUCCAAGGACAUCACAUUUCCAAGACCUCAAACGCCUAAUGGAGGUCACGUCCUAUUCACAGCUCAGAAACGAGGAAAACGACAGAUACAUAUGACUAUAACGAAAAGGCGUAGCCUUUAGAUAAUGAUAAUGAUGAUUAAAAAAAAAAAAAAACUAAGACAGUUUUAAUGUUAAGAAUUACAUAAAAUAUGUAAUAUCCCAAAAAGAAAAUUUCGAUAAAAAAAUAUUUAUUCAUUUAUUACUGGGAUACUGACAGACAAUUUGGCUAACUUGAUAAACUAAAACACUUUAAAAUUCUAAAUUUGAUGUUUAUAAUUCGCUUACACAAUUGUAUUGCCCGUUACCUAUUCGAUUCAUCUCGAGCGGCCACCGGAGGAAUAUACAAAUAAAUAUCGUAUAUAUCCAUUACAAAAUUUAAAAUGUUUAUUUUCAAUUAUUAUUAUUAUUUUUUUUUUUUUUGCAGAAUUAUCGGAAGACAAAUCUUUGGCAAUCGGACAAAACGCGGAAGACGGGGCUUCGAUUGCGGCGGAAGACGACCAGACAACGUUCGACGUCAAGUAUCUGGGCAACACUCCCGUCGAUUCUGCGGCCGGAGCCAUCGCCGAAGCCGUCAAAACCAUUUUAGUCAUGGUAGGUCGUAUGAUUAGAGAUCGAUGCAUUCGAAAAAAACUUAUUUUUUAUGAAAUUUAUUGUUGUUUCAUAAAAAAAAAAAAAAAAAAACCAAAAAUGUAGUAGAAAUCUUUUAGAUUAUGAGCGCACAGGGAAUUUGUUAUCAGUGUGAAAAGUCGGUAAAAUUGAGCGCUAGAUACGUUGGCAAUUUAGUUGGCAAUGUUGUAUUACGCGCAAAAUGAUUCGACUAAAAAAAAUAUUGAACUUUUGAAUUUUGGAUAUGGAUCAUGUGUUUAACGAUUUUACUAAUGAUGAGUGCGUGGAACAGUUUACUGCCAACAAACUACAACGACGGUUUCAUCAUGUUUGAUCAGUUUUUUUUUUUUUUUUGUAAUUCAGUUAAAAAUAAUCGAUCGUAGGUGCCCGCAAUUUUCAAUGAAUUCUUAAUAUAAAUUAGCUUUAGACGUGAUCAAAUUGUUCCAAAACAUUUUUGAGUUAUAUUUAGGGGUAAUCGUCAUUUUCUAGGUUUUUUAGUUUUUAUCUGGUUUAUGUGAAUAUAAUUACUUCAGCAGAAUAGAAAAUUUUUUUUUUUUUAAAUUCAAAUUUUGACGAAAAUCGUAGAAACGAUGGCAUUUCAAAACAUUUUUAACCGAACUUCACACAGAACCGUAUUUCGUCAGCGAUAAUUUAUCGUUGCGUGUACAGAUAUAAUUUACACAGCUCUAUGUAUCCUACCUUCACACUUUCCAGUCUUUCCACCUCCAAGAGUGGCCCGCCCAUCACCUAUUGUUUUUUUAUGGUUUCGGUUCAAAUUUGUCCAGAAUUUUGAUUUAUAUUAAAUUACAGUACAGUACGCGUCGAUUGUUAUUAUUAUCAUUAUAAACGUUAAAUAUUUACUAGUUUUUUUUAUUUUUCACAUUCAUCCGACUCUCGAACAGUUGAACAAACAGACGCAUGCGAAAAAUGUGUUACAUUGUAUUAUUGUGUUGUUGUGUAUUCGUUUACGUAGGUACUGUGCGUUAAAAAAAAAAAAAAAAAAAUCUGCAACGUGUAUUUUUCUAAACGGACUAAGUCGGGUUUUUUUUUAAACAUUAUUCGCAACGUUUUCAUACGUGUACAGAUUGUUUGUAGAGUUAAAAUACGGCAGGUACGAGUACGGUAUCUACCAUACAUGUGUUGUUUUUAGCGAAUACGAAUUUUCGACACGUUUAUCCGUUUAAAACGUGUUUUUUUUUUUCUUCAUACCUAUUUAUACAUAUUAUAUUCUAAAACCAUCACUCUAUUCGGCUAUUAUAGUUGUUCGUCCUUAUAUACUUUUGUAUACUAUUAGGUGAGUAUAUUCCGAUAUACCUAUCUAUUUGUGUAUGGGUGCGUUAUAUCUCUGACGCUCGGUGGCGAACAGUUCAAAAGCAGUUACUGUUUAAAAACUUUUUUCGGGCCGCAAAACUUCUUCGUUCUUUCCAUGCCGUACUUUCAAAAAUGCGGGCGUCUCGCCCCCGGCGAUCACACUUUAUAUUUUGCUAGAUUUUCGAGAUUUUCGACAGUUUUCUAUAACGUUAAAAAAACCGACAACCAUGAGCGGACUGGGCCGCCGGGAUGCCGGGAAAUUUCCCGGUGGGCCAACGCCUAUUUUGGCCAUACGGCCUGUGGACGUUACAGUGGCGGAUUUUGGGGUUUAUAGGAUGUACACCAUAGAUAAAUCAAAAGAAAUGUCUUUUUUUUUGGAAUUUAAUAAAUCGUCGACGCGAUUUAUAGCAGAGUCGUUUUUAGAGAAGUUGAUUAAAUUCGAAACAGUUCAUACCGGGAAAAUUAAUUUAAGACGGUUUGAAUUUACAAUUGUACAUAGCUAUGUCUAGUUGAGAAAAACGCUUCAACAUUUCUUCAAACGUAAGGUCCAUUUAACGUGUUUGCACCCUUCUAAAUUUUAUGAAGUUCGACAAUUAAUCGGAGAAUCUAUUUUUUUUUUGUGUAUAAACAAUAUACUUAUGUGGCCACUUUAGAUCUAAACGCAGGUGACUUUUUUAGCCCCAGUCCGCCCCUGCCGACAACGAACGACGAUAAUGUUUGUCGGUUUUAUUCGCGUGGAUUUCUGGGCCAGGUACCUAUUGUCAACAAAAUGUUGGUGGGGGGGGGGGAAAUACACUAUAAUACCUGUCGUGCCCUUGCAUGCUCCGCUCAGAAACAAUUUUUGUUCGCGAUGAUUUAUCGUCGCUUUUAGCCCGUGCACUAAUUAAUAUUACUCUAUAUCCGAUGCAUAUAUAUAUACACAUACACCUUUCAAACUAUUCCCACCCACCCGUACAACAGAAACAAGCUGUACCCGUCGCGGCAGGAAAUAUUUUUUUUUUUUUUUUUUAAUAACGCCUAAUAAUAAUCUACUCGGUAAACGUUCGCAGUUCAGCACAAUGACCCGGACACAUUAAACGUAAAUAUUAUUGUUGUUUUCAAUAUUAUUUUAUUAUACUAUUGGACGAGUCGUUGCGGUAAUACCGACCGGUAUAAUAAUUAUCAUAAAAAUAUAAGCCGAGAGAAAAUAAAAUCGGUCUACGUCGUCGCCAGUGUAAGCCUAUUAAAUAUAAUAAUAACUUUUGCCCGCAUUUACGAUUUCUCCGCAGUUGCACCGAUGCACUUAUGAUGUAAACCCACCUCCGAGAGGAUUUAUAAUAUUUUCCUUAGCGGUGCAUCACGUGAAAACGAUAACGUUGCAUUUAUAUUGUUGUAAUAUUAUUGCUAGCAUUUUUCGAACGAACGUCGCAGCUGCAACGAUCGCUGCGUAAUAAUAUUAUUAAAAUUUAAUAAAACCAACGUAUUUUAAUUCUUUUAUUUUUUCGCCGAUGUCGUCGGUCUUUAUUGGCUCUGCAUACUGCGCAUAUUUUAAGAUAAUGUAGACAAAGUGCGAUUGACCAAAAUAAAAUUUAAAAAAAAUCCCACUUAUCUGUUUAUAGAUUUAAUGAACCACGUAAUAAUAUUGUUAUCAUCACAAAAUAUACAACGACUUAAAUCGUUUUAAUAGGUACGCACUUAAAAUAAUCGUUUAAUUGUCUGUUUGGAGUAGGUACAACAAUAAUAAUAAUAAUUACCUACGCAAAUUGCAUUCGCCGCGGCGGCAUAUUUGCAGCUGCGCGCCGAGUGUUUAUGUUAUACGAACAAAAAAAAAUUAAAAAAAAAAAAAAAAGAGAUACCGUUUUCUACAACGUGUUUUUUUUUAAAUAUUAUUGUUGUUUGCGGCGCGCCGCGUUAUCAACGAAUGAUUAGCACGAAUAAAAUCGCUACGAAAUCCCAUCGGAAACAAUACGCUAUCUACACGGGCACUUAUCAUAAUACAGUUGUACGGGUGUACUCUUUGCGCGCGGGCAACAUUAUUGUUUCGCUACUUAUUCCGUUUCGUUUUUUCGUGCGGGGGGUUUUUUUUUUAUAUUUUCCCGAUCACGGCGUUACCGCUGUAAAACAACAUCGGUGGUCGUUCGCGAAAACUUUAUUGUUAUUCCGCGUCCGUCACGGCGCAAACUUUCGGAAUUAACGUGCCAUUCCCGUUGUUGUCCGCGCGGCACGGUCGUCAAGCCGCGGACUUUCUAAAAAAAAAAAAAAAACAGUUUCGGUACAAUAAUCGAAACUUUCACGUUACGCUUUGUGUCGUAGGCAUACCUACCUACCCGCCCGCCUACCCACCCGUGUAACGUAAACGUCCGUGCUCGCGUGUUACGCGGUCGGAGCGCGCGGCCGCCGUAACAACCGCCGUGGCCCGCCACCGCGCGGCGGGCCCGCGCGAAUGUUCCGCGUUUCACAAACGAUCAACAGCGCGCGGCGGGCGUUUUGACGAAAACCGAUCGCGGAUUGUACGGCGUUGUCGCGCGUCCCUACGGCCGUCCGCGUUUCCCUAGGCGCGGGUUUUGGUCGCGACGUCGCGCCGUCCGGCAGCGGAUCCGACUCGAAAACGGCGCGCGGCGUGACCGUGUCGCGCCGUCCGACCCCCGGUCCAGUCUCCGCGGUCUCCGGGCGCAUUAGGACGUUCCGCGCGGGCGUCGCCGAAAAACGGCACCACCUCGAAUGUGCGCGUACGCGACCGCGUUCGCCGGUGCGAAUGCGACGAACCGCCGGAGGGCCCGCGGGGAACUCGACGGGCCGUGCCAUCUCUCGUAUUUAUCGCACGUAUCUCGCGUAACCAAAAAAGGGUUGCGCGCGCAGCGCAAGCGGUUUUCUUAUCCCGAAAUUUUCGACUAGACAAUAUUCGAAUUCGCUUUAGAGUACGCGUUCGCGAGGUGAAAACUUACUUUUGACCGUAGAAUUAAUUGAGAUUUUCACUCGUGAAAAAGAUAAAAACGAAAAAAUAAGAACUCGUACUAUGCAACGUUGGUUUUGGCUUUUUCGAUAUCACUAUUAUUAUACACAGUGGGUUAUUUUCGAGUUUGGAAAACUUGAAAUUACCUAUCGGAAUGUAUAACAACAAUAACUUUUUUUCGCGGCGUAUCGAAAAACUAAAGACAACGUCGGUGUACGCGGUUCUCUUUUGUUAUUGCGAUACUUUUAUUUUCUAAUAAGGUCUAUAUUUUGUUUGAAAUGGUAUUUACAAUCGAAUUACGGGCUCUCGUAUCACGUCCUAUUGUUCAUUAGCAUGAUACCUCACGUAUCGAUUUUGGUUACUUAUUAGGGGAGAAAAAAGUUUUUCCAAAAAAAAAAAAAAAACAUUUUCGUGAAAUAAUUUAAUAUAUCCGAUAUUAUAAUGUUGUUACAGAAUUAUUUCUGGUCGUACAGGUACGUCUUGUGCUCUUCAUUUGUGUUAUUGUUCACAAAGAUAAAACUAUUAUUGGUCCGUAAGACCGUAAGAUCAUUUACAUUUUACACGAAUCAUGCACGUGUGUGCAUCGCAUGAUAUAAAACUGAACAUAAAUUUAGGACGCAAUUGUCGAAGGCCGCGCGUGUAGCGAUUAAACAUGCGUAAAAUAAAACAACCGUUUCAGAACUUGGACAUCGGCGAGAUUUGCCGAUAUUAUAAUUAUUAUUCACCGCGGUUGUUUGAUUUAUUAUUAUACAUUAUUAUUAUUAUUAUUUUUUUUUUUUUGAUUUUUCCGUUAUUGCCAUCACCUUUUUUUUUAAUCGCGCAAUGGGACACGAUUCCAAAAAUUUCUCGACACAUUAUUCAGAACGUACUCGUUUUGUAUUAUGCUAAUAUUAUCGCGAAAACGACACCCGUUGCACAUAAUAUUAUACGAGUUUCUCUGGACAAAAUAAUAGCUAUUGCAUUGCUCUCACCGACAGUGUGUAAUUUGUCAGUUACUCGUACUGUAUUAUAAUAAUAUACAGUCGGAAAUCCAGUAAUUCGUCGUCAUUACCAACCCGACCUAACCUAAAACCCUGUUUCCGUCAUCGAUUGCGUUUUGGGUUUAACAUUCAAACGACGGACGCGCAGUCAGGUCCAAAAUAAUACGUAUCGAAUUCAGUCUGAUAAAAUAGCUGAGUUCGGAUAUAUUUGUAACACGACAUCGGAAGUCUGUAAAAUGGAAAGAAAAAUAUGAUUUAUUUUUAAAAAAAACAAACGUUUUCGGACUCGAGUUGUUAUUUCAAAAACUGAAUUAGUAUAGUAGACCCGAGCCGUGGGCUCUAAAUAUACAUAUCCAUAUUCGCGUAUUUAACUAUUCGUUUUUUUUUUUGUUUUAACCGGUUCACAUAGAAAGCUGGCAAAAAUAGCACUUAUCAAAUCGUAUUUAAUCAUAUCAUUCGGUGUGUAAUCGGCAGAGAAGUUCAUACCGCAUUUGAAAGCGGAUUCAAACACGCGAUGUGUGUUAAAUUGUGCUAUUAACUACUUAGUAUCUUAUUAUCUCGUAAAGUAUUAACUUGUUCGUAAUUGAAUUUUUGGAAAAUUUAUGACACAAGUAGCUCUAAAAUGCAGUUUUAUGUCAAUGGCGUUUUUUUGCGUUUUAUAUUCAACCUAUAAUAAAUAUUUAAACAAUAAAUGUUACUAAAUUAUCAUUUUUCUCUUUUUCGUGAUAAUUCUAUACAUUUUAAACUUACUUCCGUAUCUUUUUUAACUUCAUUCACUACAAAAUAUUAUAAACCAUAGUGUAUUCUUUUACUUUAUUGUAAAAAAAUGUUAUCCACAUUUUGUGUAAAGAGCUUUUGUAGAUUGUGACCUCAUAUAACUAUUCCAUACGAACAGAAAACGUUUUUAAAUAGCUCGAAAAUCGCAAGAAUAUUUUAUCACAUCACGUCUAAGACUAAUACAAAUAUUCAGAAAAAGUUGGCUGUUCCCAUGAUCAUUUUUCGGUUAAUUAUUGAAAGCAAAAAACAAAUUGAAAAUAACAUAAACCGUUAUUACGUAAAUAUUUUCCCGAUUUUUCCCCACUGGUUAAGAUAACUUUUAAAUAAUCGAAAAAUAUACUUCCGAAUGUACAAACUAUAAAACAAAGUUUGCUACUAAAAAUUACUCAUGAAUUUGAUCAUCCGUACAAGAUUCUGGAUCGUAAUGUUGUUUACAGGAAAAAAAAACAAUAAUAACAAACUAUAAACCAAUACAUUUUUUUUCCAACUUUUGAUAUCACCAGACGUAUUGAAAAUCGACAACAUUUUUUGGGUGAUUUAAUAAUAUUUCCGUAUAUUAGGCUGUUAUAGAAACCUUUGUGGUAAGGAAAGCAAGAGAAUAUUUUAAUUAGGUGGAUGACGAUCGCCUCGUCGUAGCCCCCCUUAUAUCCGCCACUGCUAUAGAAAUACGAAACUUUGUAAGUCUUAAACGGUUAAAGGUAUUUUUAUAUAAAAAAAAAAAAAAAACACAACUACUGAUUUUCGGUGUUUGCGUACAGACUCGUAUACACGUCUAAUAAACGAUUACGUUACAACAAGACGUUUAAAUCUACGGGGAGGAGACACGACUGCGCUGGGGAAACGACCUGUAUUAUACUCUGCUUCGCCCUCACAAUGUCGUCUAUACAGGUUAUAAAUAUUAAUAUUUCGAGUAAUGCGCAUAUAUAUAUAUUACUCGUUAUAUUAUAAAUUACGACAAAAGAGAAAAUAACUGUUAAAAAAAAAAAAAUAAUAAUAAUCGGCCAAGAAACGUAUACGCGAGAAGAAAGUAUACCUGCCUACUCGCUAUAAUCUUUAUAUUAUACGAAAAUAAGAAAAUAAUAUAAAUUAUGAUUAUUAUUAACGAUCGAAUUUCGGUAUGGUUUACACCUAUAUUCGAUUCGUGUAUUUGAAACGUUGCCAAGAAAACGUAUAAAACGUAAACGGUACUCUACCUACCGUGAACAUAGGAAUACAUAGGAAUACCUAUACCUAAAUAUUACAUCUAUCACCUCGUAAUGGUGAAUUACUUCGCAGAGUGAUUUGUGAGCGGCCGACGAUUCGGGUGAUUAAAAAAAACGGAACGGUGGCUAACCUAGUAGCAGGUGUAAUAGUUCACUCCGCAGAGUUCACGGUUUUUUUUUUGUUUUGUUUUUUUCGUUACGUCUCGAUUGAACGCAAUAAAAAUGCGUUUUUUAAUUUUGUUUAAUGUUCUUAUUCCGUUCGAUUUCAGGCCAAAGCCAGCAAAAGGAAACCGCAGAAUGUGACGGUCACGUUAAACGGACAGGGUAUUAAGGUGACUGAGAGUAACGACGAGAAAAAAACGAUAUUGGAUACGCCGAUAGAAAGGUGACUGUUAUUAUUAAUUAUUAAAAUUAUUAUUAUAGGUACGAUCGUCGAAACGCGAUUGCGGAAUGACACGCUGUUAUCGGAAAAAAAAAAAAAACAAUAAUUUACUGAUUCAGCCGAUUUUUACAAACAAAUAUCGACGGUUUCGAAUCGUAUGAUACGCGCAAAAUUAAACGCAUUUGCGUACGAACGCAAAGAAAUUACCGUCAGUUUUUUUUCUAAUCUCAAUAUUAUGCACGCACAUCGAAUAAUUGUAUCGUUUGUUGUUUGAAUUAUAAUAAUAAACCGAAUUAUCACUUGUGAUCACGUCAACAUCACGGCGUCCCUGACUAAAGUCCCUCGACCGAACGUAUAAACUUUUUUCAACUGAUAAUAUCACACAAUAGAACGUAAUAUUCGUAUUUUUUUUCCCCCACAUAAAUAUCCAACGGGAAAUAAUACGGCCAUCAAAAAACGCGGACGCGUUUUAAACCGACGUCGAUAAAAUGAGAAUGUGUCGUGUACACAUUUAUAGGGGCUGCUUUUGGAAAUUAGGAAAUAAGAAUUGUUUUAGAGGCGGAUCGAAGUGACACGAGUCAGAUAAUAAAAUUUCACUACGAAUUUCACGGUAUUAUUGCGGGAAUUGAGGGUGUUUUGUAAGCUACGGUCAAACCUACAUAUCGGGGCCCAAAGGCUCAAAGGGGGCCCUAUCAUAGUUGUAAACCGGGAGGGUAUUUUCAACGCAAUAGAUUCAAAUCAAAUCUGCGAUCAUUUAUCAUAAAUUGUUUCAUUAAAAUUUUUAUUGUGUAAUUUUUGUGUUGUUCGUUAUUAUAAUGUAUUAUUAAUAUAACUUAUCCGUGUAACAUGUAUGUCCGUUGGUAAUACAUACAAAUUGAGUAGCACGUUUAAGUAGCGAGUAAAAAAAAUAUUCCCAAGAAUACGCCCCAGACUCGCCUAUUAUCAUCGGGGCCCCAAGAGAAUUAAUUGCGCCACUGGGUAUAUUACGUUACGUUACUUGAAUUUUUCCCGUUCAAAAGUUUUACGUAGGUACACGGUCUGGAACACACGUAUACCGAAAAAAUAUAAUAUAAUUUAAUCGCGCGAAAAAUACCGACAAAUAAUUAAUUCAAAAUCCCAAUCCAUACCUUCGGUUAUUCUAUAAUAAUGCACAGUACAGAUUAUUUUUUUUUUCUAUUUCAAUUUUUUUCGCCCCGCAGGGUGUCUCAUUGUUUCACCGAUUCGACUCAUUGCAACGUGUUCGCCUUCGUCACGGCCGGCGGCCAAACCGUGCGAUCCGAGUGUCACGCUUUUAUGUGCUCCAAACGGAAAAUGGUAAGGUCAAGUUUAUCCGCGGUCGUCGAUACCUAACUAAUUGCCGUCGUCACCGACGCUUGUUCGCGUAUCAUUCGGCUAUGUUUUUAACAUUUUUUUUUUUUUUUAUUAUUGUUAUUUUUUUUUCAAAUUGUUUUUUUCACGCACUUCUAUUUUUCGCGUAGGCGCAAAAUAUGUCCGUUACCAUCAGUCAAUCGAUUAGCUCUGUUCCGGACGUCUGGAAGGAAUACAAUAAGCAGCAGCAAUUGGACGCCCUGGCGGCCGCCACCGCCGCCGUCGUCUCGAAAACGCCAGAAUUAAUUUCGGACGCUGUUCAAGGUAACAACAUAACAAUGUACCUAAUAACGCUUUCUACAUCUUUAUAGUCGACACUGUCGAGAAUACGGCGGUUUUUGAAAAACCAUGUCGCCUGCACAUUAUAAAUAUCAACGAAAUCGUACGCGAUCUAAAGGUGUUUUUAAAACCGAACAAAACACGUUUUGAUGUUAUUUUCAGGGAGCUAUAUAAUAAUAUAUUACACGGACACAAUUGUCGGUUCGUUUGGACAUUACGACAUGUUCGAAAUCAUCAGGUUAAGGGGGUUGGAAUGGGUUUUUAAAAUGUUUUCCCGUGAUGUGAUAUUUGAACGUUUAGUUUUACGUUUCCAUCGCCGCCUUAACGAUAAGACUUUUCCACCGAUCUACUGCUGUAUCUCGAUACUCAUUUGAGGAGAGAAGUACGGUCGUGUUUACGGACAAAUAUAACGUUUUAGACCCGAAGAGCCAGACAAAAAAGAUAGCGUGGAAAAUAUACGGUAUGACUUUGAUGUGUUUUAAUUAGAAAAAAUAAAAACCGGAUUUUGAUUGAUUUACUUCGAGUUUGCUGUUGUGGGUCAUAGCACAACGAUUUUAAAUAUCUAUUGUUUUAUGGUCAGCUGCGAUAUCGACGAACAAGAAUAUGAUACGUUUCAAUUUAUAUUCUUCAUAAUAACGCAUGGACAGUUUUCGGAAUAUUAAAAAUUCACUCCCUCAAGACCUAUAGUAAACUUGUUAAUCAAUCCGAAUCCGUUUUCAAAGUUAAAAUCCGUCAAAGUCAAACCCUUCGGUUUUCUCAAGCUUUUUGGUCUAAACAUCGCUAUUUAUUUUUCCGGAGACUGCAAUCACGAGUUUUAUAACUAUGUAUAUUUUUGUUUGACGUUGUAUAAGCACGCUCCAAAGGUAUCUACUUAAAAGGCAGUGACUUUAUAGUUUAUAUUACACGGCAUUUAAAAAUAAUCGAUAUUUUUAUCGAGUCGUCACGUUUGCGUACCUAUAUAGUUUUUGAAGAAAUAGAAAAACGACAAUAUGAUUGAUUAUACUGUGCUCGGAAUUGUUUUUUUUCCGAACGCGAAUAAAUCAUCGUUACUUUCAAACUUAUGUUUCAAGCACGAGAUCGCCUAUACGUGCAGUCGAGGACUACUAGAGAACCUAAACGGUUUAACAUGUUCCCAAUCUAGAAAUCUACGGGUCGAGUAUAUGAUACGUUAUAAACCGUUACGCAGACAAAAUCGGAAGUUAAUCAAAUAAAAGAAAGCAUUGCUGCGAAUCUAUCGUAUACAGAUAUAAAUCACAGCCCGGCACGUUAAAAGUUAUUAUCUCCUAUGACCUUUCAGGACGUCGCUAUAUAUUUCAAUUAAAAAUACGAAACAUUAUCAAAUAACUUAAUACGAAAUAAAUCGCAUCUCGCACGUGGCAUUAUACGCAAUUUACUCUUUAGCGAAAACUGUGCCGCAACUUUCGCGUCGGGACGUUUUUCGAAUCGCGUUCCGAAGUCGCGAAUUCGGUUCGCCGUCGUAUCCACGUCCUUUGACCGGUUUGAAACUCGUAUACAACAAUUACGUGAGUAGAACACUGAUCAGUAACUUUUGACGUCGCGUACGUGUAGCUGAUGCGCAGUCGUCCAAUACCUAUAAAUGUACACGUACAGUUAAGUAACGUUUAAAAGUUAAAACGGUACCACGAAGCCGUUCGCGUAGCGAUUUUCGUUUACUCGCGGUAUGAGCAACACUCGUUACUAAAUUUCUUCUCGGUUCAGGACCUCUCCUGACGUUACUAUACUAUAGGAAAUCGAACCCAAAACGUAAUUACCAGUUUUAAAUUUAUAUUUAAACGGUUACACGGGCGUACAGCGGUAUGCCAGUUAUAUUGCCGGUGUUUGUGUAAAACGGAAUCGACUGCGUCCUGCGCCAUCAACGUGUGAUGUAGCGACGAUAUAACGUCGUGUUUUCGGGGGAGGGGGGGAGGGCGACGAGUCGCGAGCGUGUUGCUCGCGAGUAUGACGUAAAAAAAAAAAAAAAAAAACGUUUUCGGAUAUUUCGAGAGUGAAAGCCGACGACUAAUAGGUGGGUUUUCGGUCUCCGUCCGUUAUUUAAUAAUAAUAUUAUUAGAAUCGAUUUCGUUUAGAGCUCCUCCCCUCGGGCAUAAUAUUUUCGGGAGCACUCAUUAUUUUUUAACAACGUGCGCGAUAUAGGUACGGGUAAAUAUAACGUUCGUUUGGGACAUUAUAACGCGCGUGUGCACGCGUGAUGCUGUUGACGACGGUGGCGAUGAUGAUGUAUAUUUAGACCAAAAUCGAUUAUUAUUAGAUAUUAAUAUUUUACACGGUCACGCGUGUUAUCACAAAGUGAAAACUAAAACCCGCAGCAAUGCCGUAUAGUUACGCGACUGACUUGUGCGGGCAAAUUGGGUUAAUCCUUAAUAAUGAAUUAACAAUGAUUACUCAUAACGCGGGCGCACAACACGCAUCAUUGUGUUAAAUAUUUUGUAUUGUGAUUUUUUUGUUUUUUUUUUUUUUUUUGUUAUUAUUGAAUAAUUUAUCGCCUUUACGGCGUAAUUAUAAUAACGACAUUACGGGUUUCUUUGUGCCGUAACAUUUCGUAAAACUCCACGAUGAACGCAAUAACAUCACCGGCAACAGUACCACGGAGUACGGAAAUAUUUGUUUUGUACGGAGGUACACGCGGAAACCUCGACGGCGGGGAUGCGACGGACACGGCGCGUCGCGUUGGACACUGCGCGACGUUCGCACGACGUCUUGUGACCGACGGACGGUAUGACAUUAUGGUCGCCGGCGAAUUCGAGAACUCGUUCCGGGGACGUUCGGUCCCGUAUUUAGGGCCGAGCUCGGGCGGCGACACGUUCCGGACGGUUCGAAUUUUUAACGUAGAUCACGAUUUUGACGUAAAAAAAAAAAAAAAAAUAAAAAAAAGCACAGCGCGUGCUUGGGGUUUUUUUUUUUUUUUUUUUACGUCAAAAUCGUGCCAAACAGCAUUUUCGUUUUGUUUCGUCGCAUAAACCCGAAACAAAAACUGUGAUAUAAAUCGCUCGAACCAAAUUUACCGUACAAAUGCGAUUUUCAUCAUAAUGCAUAAGGUAUUCGAAAUGCAAUCGUAAUAUGUAAUAAUAAUAAUACACGAAUCGUUCUUGUAUAGGUUUAUUUUUGGGCCUGCCUACCGGUAUUUCAAUAUGUUAUAACGAAACAAUUUAACUUGGCUACAGUUAUUUAGGUCAAUGCGUGUCGAUCGCGCGAGCAUGCGUAUACGCAUAUUCUAUACAUAGAGAAUAUUAUUAUAACGAGGAGGCUUAUUUUAUCUUCUGUACGCCUAUCGUUUUAAAAUCUUCUUAAACUAUAUUAUUUAAAUUGAUAUUACGAGGAAUUGUAUAUGUUCGUUGGUCACGUUGGCCUAAUCUAUCGCGCGCAGAUGUCUGAAAAGUUACAUACAGAACCGAACAAACGGGUCCGCGCGCGCCUCGAAGCGGGAUUUUCGGAAUUCACACCCCAUCCCUAAAGGGUGGCGGGGUUUUCGGUAUUUUCGGAAUGAGAAUCUAAUUGUUUUUGUUUUUGAAUGUUAUGAUGAUUAGUUACACGUCAUCAACGAGUUAAAAAUAUAACACGUUAAGAUAAUUUCAAUUCGUGUUGGUUUUAGUUUUAACACAAUAAUCAAAUUUAAAAUCAGUUGUUACACUACACGAUAUUAUGCAUUCAAUUCGGACCCAUACGUGUAACCGCGUGUAUAGGUAUGGAUUAUUUAUGGCAGGGGUAGGGGGUCUAAGCGUUCUAACUAUCAAUUAUUUGUAACGGGAGUGGAUUGAUAGUUGAACAAAAAUAAUUGUACACCUGUACAGCUGUUUCGAAAUGAGGGGUUAUAAACCCCCAAACACCGUUUACCUACAUUCCUAUGUGCCAAAGCCCGGUACGAUAAACCGCGUCGGUUGAUCUAAUUUAUGUUAAUAUGUAUUUCGCAUCCAAAUAAUUCGAAAUCAAAGACGAAACCAUUUCGACUCGUCCGAAACGAAUAAUUCUGCUGCGGCACUAAUACCCCGUUAAACUAUUUUCUUUACCGAACGAAAGUAAUUUACUAAAAGUCAUCGUCGAUCGAGGUUUUACUAUACGUCUCUCGACGUCGGAAAGCUUUUCAUUCGGGCGUAGCGCAUUUGUUACAAUAAUUAAAACUCGAUCAGACGUUCCAUUUGGUACCGUGACUUCAAUUAUUCAGAGGACGUCACAACAGUAACAUUUGCGUUUCUGUCUAUCUAACGAUUCGAACUGGCAAUGCAAUACAAAUCUAUUUCCGUACUACCAGUAGUACCAAUAGUACUGUAAGAUUACCCGUAAGGUAGACAGGGACGGCAAAUGUUACUGCGACGCCCUCUUAACUUCCAAAUUACAAUAGGUAUUUUUGGUCCCAUGGGAAGAACGGUUUAAAUCAUUUUCGGCGUUUUUGUUAUUCAAUUUUAUCUUGUGUACAUAAUUGUUCCCUUUAUCGUUCGGUCAAAAUCACGUAAGUAUAGGUAAGUAAUGUAUUCUAACAUAAUGUAAUAUAUUACGUCUAUACUGGAAAUUAAAAUAUCUUCAGUCGCUUUAAUGUACAUGUUUUUUUUUUGGUGAAAAGGCAUACAUCAUAAAAUGAUAUGAUUAGCCAUUUAAAAUUUCAUAUUUAGGUUAGGCCAUUUAGUAAUCAUUAUAUUAUACCGUUAUGUCAAUUAUUUGUUUGUCAAUUUUCAAUAUUAAAUUCACUCGUAAUUUGAAAACUAUACAAUAUCAAGCCCCCUUCUUCCCCGUGACUAAAGAUAUAAUAUAGCAUUUGAAAUUUGAUUUAAUAUUUUCGCGUUUCUUCCCGAUUUCGACUUUUUGCAUGUGAAAUUAAUAAAUUGUCGUAUGGACAUUACCGAUUAUUGUACAUGCCCAAUCCAUUAAUAACCGUUUUAAAAUCGACGAGUUCUGUUUAUUAAAAUUGUUUGUUUUCACUGCAGUUGUGCAUUAUUUAUCGUUUAUAAAAAUAUUAUUAUUUGCACCAUUAUUUAUUACAAAACAAAAAAAAAAAAAUAAUACUUAUUUCAAUUUUAAUUUUUGUGUAAUAACUUAGUAUUAGAAUAUUGACUGUUUCUCAUUUUUUUUUUUUUUUGGUUUUACUUUGAUGUAUUGAUGUGUGCUGUUUUUUUUUUGUCUGCUUACAACUUUUCUACCAGAAACCUUGCUCCGAAUUUCAAGUGUAGCAUCUUUUUUGAAAGAAAAUGUUGUCUAGUUGGUUCGUUGGAAAGUGAUUGUCUUUUGCUUUUGUGGUUUUCUUAAUAAUUUAGAAAAACCGACAAAAAACUUAGGAAAAACGGAAGGAGAGUGUACGACAAUCACGAUUUUUUUUUUUAAAUUUUUUAAAUCCUAUGACGUGUGUACAAUCAUUAGCGGUGUUGUCGUAUACGCACAAUAAAUUCUUAAAAUAUAUUUUAGCUGAAUAUAAUAAUUAUACUCUGUCCCUCCGUCCAUAUAAAAGUCAUCAUUAAAAACGAAUUAAAAACCAUAUUAUCUUUCAUACGAUUCGUUUUACAAAACCUAACAAUAAUGAUACAGUGACUAUUGCUGCAGUCAGCCGAAAGGCAAAUGGCUUUUCAAAAAAAAAAAAAAUGUAUAGACGAGCUCGUUAAUUUUUUUCGUUCCUACUUCUAAAUGGCCACGCGUGAUACCGAUCUGACCCCGCGUGUCUCACCAGACACGGUAUUAACGUUUUCUUUACGAUAGUAGCUGGUACCAUUAUAAUAUUAUUAUUAAAACAGAAAAGAAACCGAGUACAAUUGCGCGCAGUAAACGGCGUGCAGAUUUAUUCGUCCGUUUAGCGUUAUAUUAAUUAACUCAAGUACCUAAGUACCUAUUUGAUUUGUUUAGCUUUCUAAAUUUAAUUAGACAGGACGAAUAUUGUUUUUCAAAUGGACGUUUUGAAUAAUUACAUUAUUUUUUCUUUGAAUGCUUUUUGUCCCCGGGAAAUUUUUUUUUUUUUAUGAUAAUAUAUUCUUCUUCUUUUGUAAUGCCUAAUGACAUAUAUAAUUCAGAUCUAACUGAUUUUAUACAUAUUUCCUGCCACUUCAUCGUGUCUUUUGUCAAAUCAUCUAUCAAUAAAUAAUAAUCGAUCCCCAGUUUCGCCAUAUUUCCAUAUCUUUUUUCAUCCGAUUUUUCCAUCAAAUCUGUGUACAUCUCUUCCGAGGGUAUCUUUCAUCUUGGAAUACAUAUAAUAUACAUUAUGCCGAGCGUAUUAUUAAAGCUCACUUUUUCCUCUGUGACGUGAAUCAUCAAUAAAGUUUCCUUUUCUUAACUUCCCGUUCAUAUCUGGCAUCUGAUACAAUUAUACUCUCUGAGUUCCUUGGUUUUUUCCGGAUUCUCCAUUCUCCAUUUGUAUUUUCAUCCUGAGUAAUUUUUAAAGGACGUUUUCUAUAUCCAAAUGGACACACAGAUAAGUCUAUUGAACAAAUUAAUAUUCAGUAGAGCAAGAUUUUACUUAUUGGGGAAAGUCUAAAAGUUAAAAGAAAGUUUUGGUCUAUCUGCUCGUCUUUUAGGGAAAAAUAAGGCAUAGCUAGACAUUUUUUUCUGGGUAUACCCGAACAUGGUAUAUAACAUAUGAGGAUAUGUUUGUUGAAAAACUACUAAUAAACAUUUUAAACAGUUUAAAAUUUUGUUAAUUUUGCUUAUUCUUCAAGCCCAACAUUUUAUUUGUUUUACUUCGUGGAACAAAUUUCAAUAGAUCGAAUUCGGAUACAAUUAAAGGUGUGUAUAGAUAGAUCAUAAUGGAUUUGUUGAACAUUUAUUUUCGGAGAAAAGUUGGUAACCCGAGUAUACCAGGACUACGAGUGGCGUGGUCAGUGGGCAAUUGGUUACGCCACUGGUGGAGUGAACACUCAGUGCAUAUUCACUAAAAAAACGUCCCGCGCAUAAUGGCUUGGUUUACACAUUGUCACAGGUCGAAUAAGCCACCGUCACCAUCAUUAUACAUGAUUAACUGGAAUAUAAUGUUUCAGAUGACGUAUAGAGCCUAUUGGUAUAUAUUAUAAAAAAUAUGGCUAUGCAAUAAAGCGUAUGUAGGUAUUGCGUUGAACAAGGCGUUCUGAUCAAGAACAGAAAUGUAAUUAACCAAAAAAAUUGUAACAGCGUUAUAAUGUUUUUUGUACCGAAUAUUAUUAUUUUAAUUUUUUUUUUUUUUUCGUCGCGAACCAAUCAAUAAAUAAUAAUAACGGCAGUUGUCGGACACAGCCACAAAAGUAUAUUGUGUAUCAUGAAUUUACACCGAUAACGUGCGGCGACGGUUGUAUAUCAUUAUAUUAUUUUUCGUAUAACAUUCGAGCAUUCGAGGAUACGAAACACAGGUGUGCUAUAUAAUAUAAGUAGUAUACAGCGGAGACGUUUACGAAUGUCUGAGCCGGUAUAAUGAUAAUAAUAUGAUGUAUAUUAUCAUAAUAACAAUAUUAUCGUGUGCAACCGCAAUAAAUUUAUUUCGGGACACGUUGCGGUUAUUUUUUUUUAUAUAAGUAAUAGGUAAGAAAAAAAAAAAAAAGCGAAAGCAUUCAUAAUAUUGUAACACACAAAAGCGGCCGCACAGUCCAUUGUGUACAAUAGCAUAAUAUAUCUAAUAUAUAUAUAUAUAUAUAAAUACGAAGUAAGUACCUAAUAUAAAAAUACGAAAUUUCACUUUUCACACACGUGCUAUGAAUAAAAAAAAAAAAAAUAAAUAAAUAAAAAUCCCGUUGUAAAGGACCGCGCCGAUUUAUACCGCGCGUAUGAUAAUAUUACGAAUAAAACGGUACGAUUAUUAGUGGCGUGUGCAGGCGAGAAAAGGUUAGGAAUUAUAUUCCCUGCCCCCCCCCCCUCCCCCUAUUAACUUAUGAGACAACCAUGACUGUUGUUUUAUGUUCAAAUUAUUUAUUUUAGUUAAAUUACAAGAAAAAAAUGCUUGGUACAUUGAAUGAAAAUUGUUUUUUUAUGGAUCCGGCUUUGAAAUUCUCAUUGACGGGUUAGGUAGAAAAGAAGAAGAUUUUGCGAUUUAUUCGUGAAUCGUGAUUAUUGUUUACUGCAUCCCCUCCAAUUGUCAAUCAUACCGGACACGCCAACGACGAUUAUUCAUUGUUGUAAUUAUUUUUGCAGACGACGUGCAGAUGAACGUGGCAAUCACGCAGGAGGUCAAAGAAGCGAAGCUAAUUGACUUGUCCGGAGAACCUUUGCCUAGACAGCAAUACGAUACGUCCAGAUGGGUAAGAGCCGAGCUCACGUAGAUUAUAAUAUUAUCCAUAACGCUGAUUUUAUUUUUAAAUUGCCCGUGACAAUUCCGAAUUAUUAUAAUAACGAUACGAACAAAUAUCACAGCCGUAUCUCGUCGUUAUUACAAUGUACAAAAACGUUUUUUUUUUUUUAUACCGCCUCGAAAAACACUCUAUUAUUUAGUAAAAAUGUGCUCCGAACUGUUCACAUCGUCGUACUAGAGCACCCUAUUUCACGUGUACACGCUUUCACGUAUUUAUUCGAUAUAAUAUUCGAAUUUAAAAAAAUCGUAUACUCCAAAAUCCCGUAUAAUUAUUAACGUGUAUAUUCAUGUAUUUCACGUUACAUUUUAUACGUAUUUUCACUGCGUAUUUCCACGCGAAUAACACGUGAACACGAAUAAUAAAUUCACGUGCACCUACCGAAUAAGUAUACGUGAAUACAAAUGUUUCAUUCACAUGUAUAACAGACUUGGUUUUCACCAUUUCCAUCGAAACCUCUGCGUCCUACACGUUGAAAGAUGCCGAUUUUACACACGGUGGUAAUAAUCAUUCGUUUGAAAACUUUUCUUAAUAUACAUACCCGUCACCCAAUUGUAUUUAUUUCUAAAAAUGUUUUUCAAAAAACUUACAAUAGUACAUCAUCGAUUUUAUUUUUGUCAAUUUCUGAGUUAUCUUUUGGCUAUAACGAAAUAAAAACACAUGCGUCAUAGUUAAUACUUACUAUAAUUCUAUAACCUCACCAAUUUACCUAGUUUCGAUCAAAAUCGAUUUUUUUUUUUUAUAUAUAUAGCAAUAAUUUAUUGUUACAUUAUUUAAUCAAACAUUUGAAAUGGGCAAUAUAUUAAAUCAUUUCAGCGUGCAAUAAAUAGUGUGGUAGGGCUUAGACAGAAAGUUAGUAAAAUCGUUUUCGUAUAAGAUUUUUUUUUUUCCAUCCGCUAAAUUUUCGAUUUUCGCUUUAAAAUAUUUGCAUAUUUUUGGACAAAACAGUAUUAUAUAUAAUAAAGUAUUCGUCAUAAUAAAAACUAUUUUUCUGCCGCUCAUAAACAUCAAUUAUAUUGAUUUUGCCACAGCAAUAAAAACGCUCUCCCUCACUCUGAGCUAAGUACUUAAUUAGUAAAGUACUCCUACUUUAUUGGGUGGCUGGGAAAUACAACAAAUCCCAAUUUUAUAAUAUUACAAUAACGCGAUAUUAUUAUAGUAUAAAAUAUGCAAAAUUAACGCGAAACAAAAUGCAUACGUAUAUAAUCCACAUGACUGCAUAGAAUACUUGAAUAUUUAUAACGUAUUAUGAUAAUACAAUAUAAUAUAACCAAACGCAUAAUCCGAGAAUUACAAUUAAGUACACCUACUUAAAAAUGGUAUUUAUUACAGCCGAAAAUGGUUUAUUUUAAUUAGUAUUUUGUCAAAGAUUAAUACCUAACGUCAAAAUUUGCAAUUAUUUAGAUACAUAACUAUGCUAUUAAUUAAUCACGAACCAGCGAUUUUUCGCAAGUGAAUUUUGUUCCUGUUUUUUUUUUUUUUUUUUUAAAAAUCAUUGUAGAAUUGUUGGAAAGGUCGAAACACUAUUUUCAAUUUGUUUUAUAUUCAAAGCGUAGCGAGGAAUGUAUUAAUUUUACAAUGAUGUUUAUUUUUUUCUCGUUUUUUUUUCCUGUGAGCAACUUUUCUAUCAGAAAUCGUGCUCCGAUUUUUAAGUAUAGCACCUUUUUUGAAAGAAAAUUGUAUCUAGUUGAUACUUUAAGCCGGUCAUUUUUUUGAUUUUCUACGAUAUUUUCAUAUCAUUUGGGAAAAACUGUGAAAAACGUAGGAUAAACGGGAAUGUUUAAUAACAUGUAUAAAAGAAACUUCACUCCGAAUCGUUUUUCUUUAGCGAUAGUUAAUCGCUGCGUACAGAUAUAAAUUAAUUCUCCCCCCAUAUCCUACCAUCCUGAUUUCUCACCUACAAUAGUGCCUCACGCCACCAUCGUGUGAAGUAUGUCCGUCGUUUUUAUCCUUAUUUCUUAUUCUUUAUUCCUAUUCAACGCAAGUAUUAUACACUUUUGAUUUUAUCCUAGCAACUCUCUUCUCUUUAAAAAAUCAACAAAUAUUCGAAUGAGGAAUAUUUUUUCUCAACUUUGGUAUGUGCAUUAAACUAUGAUAUCGGGUUUACAUCGUUAAUGAGUUAUACCAGUGUAAAAUUUGGAGCGGAAAAGUUGGGAAAAGAUACCAAUUUGUCAUCUUAAAAUGGUUAUGAUGAAGUUUAUUAUAAUUACCUAAUUCUCCGUUCUAAAUUUUAAACUGUUAUCACUCAUAAACGACAAGUCUUAUUGUAUUAAACACUAUAUUAGUGUUAUGCGUGUCAAUAUUUUUAGAAAAAUAUCCUCUAUUCGAAUCUGCCGGGUGUGUUGGGUUUCCAUUUGAAAAUUAAAAGUCAACACUUGUCUACAGAGUAAAGUUAAACAAUAUUUAAAAAUGGUUUAAUAAUUAAUUGAAAAAAAAAAAUUGAAAUCUCUUAAAAUUCUCAGACAAAAAAAAAACAAAUCGAUCGUUCUUAAUAAACGGAUCACCCUGUAUACAAUCGUUCGAAUUAAUAACUUUUCUUUAACAUUUGAAUUUUGAAAGGAUUUUAUUCGCAAACACGAAAUAAUAUUAUAUUCGGUUCGUUUACAAUAAGGUUAGUGCGAACCGAUUUUUUUUUUUUAUCGUUAUUAUUCUUCAGGUGAAAACCAUUUGAAUAAUACGCGUUGGGUUUUUUUAUUUUUUAUUCGGAGCACAUUUCCCGCGAUUGUUCUCCUAAUCUAUGUAUUAUAUAUUUUUAACCGUUCAUUCGUGCUUAUAGGUAAUUGGAUUCUGAUAAUUUAUGUUCUUUUUUUUUUUUUUUAUUACAGGUGUUGUUCGAAGACGAUUCAUCUACGAAAUUAGACGUGGACUUAUUACCCCAAAGGUAACCGACUUCAGGAUUUCAUUAAAAAAAAAUAAAAUAAUAAUGAUAAUAAUAAAACAUAUUAUGAUAGUUUAGUGCAUUUUUUACUAUCUCGUAUUAAAUCUAGGGCAAUACGUAGUCUUGUUCAUUUUAACAAUAUAAACCGGAUAUCCACGAUUAUGUAAAUCGAUGAUAUUAUUAAUACUCAUUGAUAAUUUUUUUUCUGCGAGGUUUCAUUUAAAAAUAAAAAACCUUGACGACUUAUAUCAGAAUACGCAUUUUAAUAAUAAUCGUGUGAUAUUAGAAACGUAAUUCAAAUGAUAAAAUAAAAAAAAUAUAUCGAAAUUCGCCAAUAGUAUUUGCAACGCGCAAUUAUACGAGGAAAUUCCAUUUGAUAAUAAAGUAUCUUUUAUGACUAUAAUAUAAAUCCUGUUAAGUAACAGGAAGUAAAAAUAUUGUUCAUGUCAAAAAACUUUACCUUGACGAAAAUCAAAUUGAUAAAUCGAUAAUAAUAUUAUACAUUAGGUAUCUAUAAUAGAUUUUGCAAAAAUAAUAUUAUUGGCUGACCGUACUUACCUAACUAAAAUGUCUUAUUCGUAUGUAUAUUUAUAUUCGUAUAAUUUAUUACAGUUCGAUUCUGAAAUGACCACGGUUAACCACACGGGUAGACGUACGGGGUGUUAUCGCUGUCGAAGUGGCGUUUGUGUGAACAACUAUGAGCGCUAGCAGUCAAUGACCCAAUUUCAACACCAAAAUAGUUAAUUAUUAUUUACGCGCAAAAUGUGAAAAACAAUAAUUUUCUUUAUAAUGUUCAUGUUAAACUCGGGUCGUUAACUGUUAGCGAUCAUAGUUCACACAAAUAUUAAUUCGAUAGAACGAGCGAAUGAGCGAACGGUAUAACCCCGUGCUCCAACCUGUUUAGAUAACAGUGGCGUUAUUUCAAUUUUUUUUUUCUUUUAUACACGCAUGAUUAUACAGGUCACAAACUCUUUCUAGAAUUUUCAACACAAUACAAAUAAAAUCUUUACAUACAAAAUAGCAUGUUCUGACUAACUGGCUGUCCGAUUCAUUAUCGCCUAGUCCAAACCACUGGACGGACCGGGCUGAAAUUUGGCACACAGAUAGCUAUUAUGACGUAAGCAUCCGCUAAGAUAGGAUUUUGGAAAAUUCAACCACUUAGAGUGUAAAAUAGGAGUUUUUAGGUAUGUUUGGUAUGAAUAUCUAAUUUCUCGUUUAUUUAUUUUUGUUUAUUCAAGGGUUGCCACGGAAAAGAAAACUAUUAUUAUUUCUAUUAUUUAUACUGUUCAAAUUUCAUUAUAGAACACAUUUAGUUUGGCGAAGGUGGACUAUCCACUUUCCGCCUAUUUUUUUCAUUCGAUUCUGGCACGGCCAAAACUAAAAACGAAUUUGGGUAAAAAAAUAAUAAUACAAAUUUGGCACGGGCAACUCCGGGCGCGGGACAGCUAGUAGUCCAUAUGUUUUCCAAUACAACUAUUAAACCAAAUAAUAAAACAUUAAGUAAGAAGAAUAACUAAUAAAGUUUCAUUCGCGUACCAUAGCGGUUAUAAAGAGCUUGAUUAUGAAAAACAUAAUAAAUAUAUGUAUUAUUCUGAUAAUGUUUUCGGUUUCAAUUCAAAAUAAAAACAAAAUAUUAAUUUAAAAAUAAAAUAUGCAGACCGGUAAUGCGCAAGCCACUAUCCAUUAUUCAGACUAAACAACUGAUUACAACUGUAAUCCGUAUUACUUUAAUAUUUAAUUUUAAAUACGCAAACGUAUACCUUCCGUGGUCCGAAUGACGCCACUGGCAGAUAGCCGUGGCACUGACUGUUGAUAAUAAUGUAUUAUUAUUAUCGUAACGGAAAACCGCUAAAUAAAUACGAAGUAAUUUUCUAAUAGUUAAUACUAAAUGAUUUUUGGUAUCGAAUAAAUAUAGUAUGACGUAAUAAUAAUAUGCAAUAGAUAAUAACAUUAUACACAAAAUAUUAAAUGUUUUUUAUUGUUAUACUAAAAUAUUUAACGACUUUUAAUAUACUAUGUACAUUAUGCAUAUACAGAGUGUCCCGCUUGGAUUCGACAAAUGCAAUAACCUUUGUUUUAUUCAAUAUUUUUGAUGUACAUUUUUUUUUAAACAACUAGUAUGCCCCUGCACGACAGUUUAUAUAUGAUCAGUUUUUUUUUUUUUUUAGGACAAUGGGGACUUAAAAUAAAAAAAAUUUAAUUUUACUAUAGUUUUUUUUACAAAAAAAUUCAAAAUAACCAUUUGGUAAAAUAGAUUUUUAGAACUUUUUUGGCGGUUGAAAGUUUUGUUAAAGUACGGUCUUUUAUUUUCUAUGGUUUUUUGAAAAUUUGAAUAAUUUUCACUUCAAUCAUAACAAUAUUGUUCAUCAACAUAAAUUACCAUUAUUAAUUGAUUCAUACUACCUAAUACCUAUAAUAUGAUAAUAUUAUUCCAUGAUAUUAACUCACGGAAAAGAAAAUCCUGACUAAUAACUGAUAACUGAAUAACUACAAUAGGUAAUGUUCACAUUUGCAAAAACUUCAAAAAAAAGAUAAAAAAAAAAAAGACCGUACUUUAACAGAAGUUUCAACCACCAAACAUUUUUUAAAAAUCUAUUUACAAAAUGGCUGAUUUGAAUUAUUUUAAAAAAAUUAUAGUAAAAUUUAAAAUAUUUUAUUUAAGGUCACCCUCCACCUAAAAAAGAAAAAAAAAAUGUUCAUAUAUUAACGUUAGUGCAGAGGCCUACUUAUUAUUUGAUUAAAAAUAUAUCGAAAAUAUUGAUUAUAACAAAGGUUAUUGCAUUUGUCAAAUUCCCGUGGGACGCCUUGUAUAUUAACCAAUAAAUGAAAUGAAUGGCGUAAAAAAAAAAAAAAAAAAAAAAAAAAAAAUAAAUAAAUAAAAAUAUCAUAUCUAUGGAAAAUUGUCAAUUGAAUAUAAUUUAAGUUUGGAGAGAGAUAAAGAGCAAAUAAAAGAUAGCUUGUAAAAGCGCAUUACAUAUUACAUGUUUCUAGUUGAUAGAUUUUUAUACAUCACGUUUUUCUGAAAGACCGUACGAUACGUACGAUACGUGUCUAUAAAAAGCAAAUAUUAGAUAUGGAAUAUUCAAUCUAAGCAACAAACAUCAUACCUAUACUAUACAGGGUGUCCCACGGAGAUUUGACAUAUUCAAUAACUUUUGCUCAGUUGAAUAGACUCUAGUAACUAUUACGAAAACAUAUAAGUAAAAAAAUAUCGAUUAACACGAAUAGUUUUAGUUAUACAUUUGUCAGAUCUCCGUGGAACAGCUUGUAUAGUUUACAUGUAAAAAUUGAUUAUAAACGCAUUAAACAUAUGUUACAAUAAACAUUGUAGCGUUUUGGCUGAAAUCGUAGUGUAAAUACAAAUGACAUAUACUUGUAUGCGUUUUAAUCGUAUAUAUUUAUAGGCUGUAGAUAAAAACUAAUUUAAACUAAAUUAAUUGACGAUCAUUUUUUUUUAAAAAAUACUCCAAGUAUAAUUAUUAUAUUACGAAAAAAAAAAUAUAAAAAAACAAGGACAUAAAAAUUGACCGAGAAAUAAAAAAUAACCGUGAACGGGUAAAAAUAUCUUUUAUAUAGAACACCUCGUAUUCAGUCAUAAAAAUAAUAUUACAUCAAAUUUAACGUCAAAUAUAACAUAUAAAAAUAUAGGUAAUAGUAGUUUGAUUACCAUAAUGCCCGUUUUUAUUUUCUCUUCCAAACGAAUUUUUUAAAUUGUAGGAGAUAUUAUAUUGUUACAUUGUAUAAAAUAUAAGAUAGCUAGUAGUCGGUCACACGUUAGCUACAGUUAUUUUGUAUUUUUUUUUUUUUUUAUUGCGUGGUGUAAAACGAACUAUACAAAGCGAUUCACUGAGCGUGCUCACCCUAAUUGUUUGGUUAAAUUCUGCAUGCAUUCAAUUUCGAUUUUUUGGAAUUUUUAAGCGUAGUUAAAGCCGAUAUUUUUCGAAUACUAAGAUUUUUCACAAUACUUGAGGAGUAUCCUGUAGUGAUAGUACGAUACCAACAUUGGUUUUUCAAAUGAGAACCUAUGUUAAAAAUUCCAUAAAUAAACAGAGGAUUAAUGUAAAUAAAUUUAAGUGUCAAAAUGUUUAAUUUCCAUCAACCGGUUAACGAGAUAUUCCACUUUUAAGUUUAGUUAAGGAAAGAGUAGUAGAGAGUACCAUUUGUGUGGUGACACGGCACGUGGCCGUUUAGUAUAAAACAUUGUUCAUUACAUAAUUACUGUGUUGGCUGGGUAAUAGGUGGGACAAUACGGUAUUACAUACAAAUUCGAUAAAGGAUCCCACACAAAGAGUUAAAGGGUUCGAACUUCCACGACAAGAAUGGGUAAUACUUAAACGAUUACGAACUGGACACGGAAGACGUGGACAUAUGAUGUUCGAGUGGAAAUUAAAGGACACCCCAGAAUGUGAUUGUGGAAAUGACAGCUAGACUACGAGACUUAUUACAGACGAAUGCCCGAAUAGAAGGUUCGCGUCGAGCAUUAAUGGGAUUAAUGAAGUUACGAAGGAAGCGCGUGAAUGGAUAAAGGCCUUGGACAUAGAAAUUUAGAUUUGACUAAAUACUAUUUAAUGUUCUGUUAUAAUUAUCACUUAUAAUUUUAUUUUAAAUGUUACCGCGUUGUUGUUGCCGUACGAAUAAUAAUAAUAAUUACACAAUUAAUAUAAGGAGGAAUAGACAUAAUUAUUAACUGUAAUAAUUAUAUUACGAAUAAACUGCCGUAGCGUGUACUGUGUGAUUGCAUUAGUAAAAGCAAACAAAAAAAUUAAUUAUAACUAUAACUAACUAUUUAAUUAAUAGUUUUACGAUAAAUAACCAAUAGUACCUAAUAAAUUUCUAAAUCUACAACAACGGCUAUGCGUCUCACGACUUAGGUUGAAUACCGUAUUCAGGGGUAGGUGGGUAAAAAUUACUGUUUAUUUCCACACAUGCAGAAAAUUAGUUCGGCGCCACUGAGUCUAUGUAUGCAGAAUGCCGUGACUUGGAACUCUUUUUUGGUCGUUAGUUUUAUUUUACUAUUUAAAUUUCAACACCUUAACUAUAUAUUUACUGUAAACUCUUACUCGUAAACAUUCUUUUUUUUUUUUUUUUUUUUUAAAUUUGACUAUUAUAAAUUCAGUUAAUAAUGUUAUCGAAAUAAUAAAGACGCUUUUGUUACAUGGAUACAAUUCCACUUAAUUGGUUGUAAAUGUAUGUCGAACACUAUAACUACUAUGGUAUUUAAAUACACGGAAAGAGAUAAUCCAAUUACGGGCGGUAAUGAGGAUUCCACACCUACAUGCGCUGUCGCCAUCUAAACAAAUGUACGGAGCAGCAAACUUGCGUUCAGCAGGAAAUACUAUGUGCUGUCAUAUAGUUUUGAUACUAUAGUAUAAAAUUACCCAUUUUUUAACACGAAAACAUUACCUGUGCAACCACGUCGGUAUAUUGACGAUAUUAAAAUUUUUAAGCGAGAUAUAAGCUUAAUUAAAUUGCGAUAUUUCGCAUGUCCGUUUGUACGACUACGAAUGUGUAGAUUAUGAAUAAAUAUUGUUUUUUAACGAUUUGUAUUGUUUGUUACAGACCCGAAGGAUUCGCAAAUUUCUCGCAUCAUUUCAAACAAGCCGACCGUCAAAUGUGUUGCUAAAAAAAAAAAAAAGAAUCGAUUUUAUUCGCCAACGAUUGUUUUUAUAAGAUAUAUAUAUAUAUACAUAUGCUAAAAUAUAUCAUUAUUAUAUUAUACUUUUAUUUUAUUAACUACUAAUAUUAUAAAAUUAUAAAAAAAAAAACACAAAAAAAAAAAACGCGUCAUAUAUUAUUUUAUUAUUAAUUAUUAUUAUUAUUAUAUUAUUGUAAUCUCGGCUGUCCCGUACACGCUUCAAUCAACUAUCAAUGCAAUAAUAUUUUAUUUUAUAUACAUUUAUUGUUUUAUUAUACGUCGAUUUUGUUAAAUAUUAUUUAAAGAAAAAAAAAAAAAUAUAUAAUAUUAUUCGUUUUUAGCCCGUGUUUAGGGCAUUUUAAUUCGUAAUUGUAUUGGUUUAUUUUCGAUUUUCUCCAACAAAAAUGCAACGACUAAUUAAUUAUAAAUAUGUUGUCAUUUAAAAAUGAUAUACAGGGAGAUCAACGUUACACCGGAGACGUUGACGGAAAUUACAUAUUUCAACGCCGACUUUUAUUUUAACCACAAUUGAAUCUAUUCGAGGAAUUUUUAAUAUUUGUGUCGCUAUUUGAUAACCAACAGUGCAUAGUGGUUUAACCCUCAAAUAGAUGCGCCAGGUAUUGAAAAUGUCUGGGGGGGGG